GUUUUCAGUGUCUGUGAGGACUUGAUCCUAAGCACAAGGUAUCCUCUUCAGUGUCUCCAAUCCUGUGUGUAUUGGGAUUGUAUUCAGUGUGAGGAAAAAGCAGAAACGAUAUUCAAAAGUCUUGGAGGAUUAGCGCCUGGAUGGGGUCCAGCCCCAAAAUGACGACCGCGAAAAUGAAAAUACUACUGCCGCUAGUCGUCUGGAUAUUACUAAUGAAAAAGUCGGACUCACACGGUAUUGGAUUCGGAAUAAAAAAGGAAAUAUUUUUUCUUAACUUGGAGGACGGCUAUUUCGGCUGUCAAGUGAACGAGUCGACGGACUUCCUCCAACUUUACGAACUGUCAAGGCUUUGCGAUGGAACCAACGAUUGCUACAGGGGAUCCGACGAAUUGGCAAGGGAACUGAAAUGUUCCAAUGACUGUACGAAGGAAUCCGGGGCAAGAUGUGAGAAUGGAGCUUGUUUGGACUCACAAUGUCACUGUAAUGACGGCUACGGUGGCUGUUCUUGUGAAGUUCCAGACGAGAACGAGUGUAAGUACCGACCAUGCGACGUGUUUGCCCACUGCACUAACACGUUGGGUAGCUUUCACUGCUCAUGUUUUCCCGGAUAUACAGGAGACGGUUUCCAUUGUCAAGAUGUAAACGAGUGUGACGAUCCAGCAGUUGCAGCACGUUGUGUGGCUAAUUCCGAGUGUUGUAAUCUGCCUGCUCAUUUUCUCUGUAAAUGCCUGCCAGGGUUUGAAGGAGAUGGAGAGGAAGAAUGCAUAGAUAUCAAUGAAUGUCUCAAUCCUCACGCGUGUGGUCAUAAUGCUGUUUGUCAUAACAUCCCUGGAAAUUAUACAUGCAGUUGUUUAGAAGGCUAUGACGGUAAUCCAUUUCAAGAGUGCUUCGAUGUAAAUGAAUGCUCGUACCAAGGCUCUUGCGGCCAUGGUGCGAUAUGCAGCAAUACAAUCGGAGGUUACCAAUGUGCUUGUCCCAUCGGGACCACAGGAGAUCCUGUCCAUGGAUCAUGCGAAGAUAUGAACGAAUGCGACCAGAACCCGUGUGGAUCAGGUGCAAAUUGCAUUAACACUGUUUCCAGCUUUGAAUGCAGCUGCCCACCGGGUUUUUACGGAGAUCCUUACAUCGAAUGUACAGAUACAGACGAAUGCGCUUCAUCACCGUGUGGCAAAGGAGCGCUUUGUGUCAACACCCCAGGAAACUACAGCUGCAAGUGUAGAGAAGGAUUCACCGGGAUUCCAGAAAAGGAGUGCGUUGAUGUCAACGAGUGUGGAAGGAGCAAUUCUUGCGGUGUGAAUGCAAAAUGUGUCAACAGUCCAGGCAGCUACACCUGUUCUUGCCCAACAGGAUUUUCUGGAGAUCCACAAGUCUUCUGCCAGAAUAUAGAUGAGUGUGCAAACAAUCCCUGUGGGAAAAAUGCAAUUUGUAAAGACACAGUUGGAAGCUACACUUGCUUUUGUAAUGAAGACUAUACCGGUGACCCGUAUACAGAAUGCAAAGAUUUAGAUGAAUGUGCUGUUCUUGAAAAACCAUGUGGAUCAAAUGCUAUUUGCGAGAAUGCAAGCCCUGGCUAUAAUUGCCUCUGUCCACAAGGUUACAUGGCUAAACCAGAACCAUCAGUUGCUUGUGAACAGGUUGAUGUCACUGUGCUCUGCAAAAGCAAAUUUGACUGUGUAAACAAUGCAAACUGUAUCGAGGGACAGUGUUUUUGUGAAGAUGGUUUUAAAGCAGUUGGCUCAAUUUGUGAAGAUAUCAAUGAGUGUGCAGCUGAUCCCUGCGGUCAAUUUUCCGUUUGUACAAAUACCCCAGGAGGAUUUAGCUGUGACUGUCAGUCCGGUUAUGUCGGUGUUCCCCCACGAAUUCUUUGCAAAGCACCUUGCGAUGAUGUAAAAUGUGGAGACCAUGCAUACUGCAAGCCAGAAGGUCAAGACGCUUACUGUAAUUGUGAGGAAGGUUGGACCUUCAAUCCAGCUGACAUCUCGGCCGGUUGUAUUGAUAUUGAUGAAUGUGACAAAGUUAAUGGCCCUUAUGGAAGAUGCGGAGAAAAUGCAGUUUGCAUAAAUGCGCCUGGCACAUUCAGUUGUCAGUGUAAGCCUGGAUUUACUGGAAAUGCUUUCGUAGAAUGCAAAGAUGUUGAUGAAUGUAAAAAUGGAGAUGAAUGUGGUAAAGACGCAGUGUGCACGAAUACAGCAGGAUCUUAUGCUUGCACUUGUCCAAAUGGAACUGUACCAGAGCCAGACCCAUUUACAAAAUGUGUUCAUGUUGUGACAUGUUUAAAAGACAAUGAUUGCCCUGGUAAUGCCAUUUGUGACCAACAUCAGAGGUGCUUUUGCCCAGAACCCAAUGUUGGAAAUGAUUGUAGACAUCCUUGUGAAUCGAUGUCUUGUGGGCCAAAUGCACAAUGCACAAUCUUAGGUGGGCAAGCACAAUGCAUAUGCUCAGGUGGUUUUAAAGGCUCCCCUCCGAGUUGUACUGAUAUCGAUGAAUGCAAAGAUCAACCUUGCGCCAUUGGCGCCAUUUGUGAAAACACUCCGGGUGGAUAUUCCUGCCAAUGUCCAAGAGGUUCCAGAAAUUCAGAUGCUUACGAAGGGGAUUGUUCUGUGGUCAGAAAUGUUGAUACUUGCAGCCCUUCAAAGCCUUGCCCUUCAGGAGAAAUAUGUGUGGCCUCUGCCGGUACUGACAGUGGUGUAUGCAUUUGCUCUACUGGAUUUUAUCGACAAGAGAGCGGACAGUGCAAAGAUUUAGACGAAUGUGAGGCAGAGCCUUGCGGGCCAAAUGCAAUCUGUAAAAAUCUCCCAGGGAGUUAUGAAUGUGCUUGUCCACCAGGUUUCAAUGGAAACCCAUACAGUGGCUGUGAAGAAUGCAGCAGUUUGGAAUGUAAAUGCCGACCACCAUACAAGAUUAUUGGACAGGAAUGUGUCUUGGCAGAUUGUUCCAAAACUAACAAGUGUAGUGGUGGUGCUGAAUGUGUAACAAUAGCAGGUGGUGUGAGCUAUUGCGCUUGCCCAAAAGGACUGCAGGCAGGUGAAAAUGGAGAAUGCGAAGAUGUGGAUGAAUGUAAAGAACAGGGUUCUUGUGGCUAUGGUGCUGAAUGUAUAAACAAACAUGGUUCUUUUACUUGCUCUUGUCCAAAAGGAUACAACGGUGAUCCAUUGCAUUUAUGUGCUCCUAGUCAAAUCCGCUGUUCCAGUAAUGUUGACUGCAAUGCUAAUGAGAUAUGUGAACAGCCAGGGGAGUGCGUCUGCCCUCCACCUUAUUUUGUCGAUGUCUUAGAUAAGCACAAGUGCAAAAGCCCCUGUGAAAGAUUUCCAUGUGGUAUUAAUGCAAAAUGUUCUCCGAGCGAUCCUCCAAAAUGUCAGUGUGCAAAUGGAUUCAAACCUGAUCCUGUCAGUGGUGGAUGCAUUGAUAUCAACGAAUGUGAUGAGAACCCGUGUGCUGAAGGUGCAGUGUGCAUAAACCAGAAUGGAAAGUUCCAGUGUGUUUGCCCUUCUGGAACAAAUGGGGAUCCUUACAAAACAGGAUGUAGAGGAUUACUUGGAAAGAAGGAGUGCACUGGAAACCAAGAUUGCAUAGGUGAACUCACUUGUGUUGAAAAUAAGUGCGUCAACCCUUGCGAACUUUUACCGUGUGGAAAAAAUGCUCAUUGUGAAGCUGAAGAACAUGCUGCAUGGUGCCGUUGUUCUGUUGGCUUCAUUGAGUCUCCAAAUGAAGGCUGUGUAUCACCCUGCAGUGGAGUUAUUUGUGGAAAAGGAGCUCAAUGUGUCGUAACUAACAAUGGCCCUGUUUGCAAAUGCCCAGAAGGUGCAUACGGCAAUCCUUUCCCAGGAGGUGUAUGCAUAACAGAUGUUUGCUCUUCGACAAAUCCUUGUGCUCCACCGAGCAUUUGUGUUUCUGGCCGUUGUAAGAACAAAUGCGGAAUUGAAUUAUGUGGUAUUGGAGCAAUUUGUGAUAUGUCGAGAGAGCUGUGUAUAUGCCCACCGCUGUUUAUAGGGAAUCCUCAACUUGUCUGUGUUCCUCCAAUCACUAUGCCAGCCUGCUUCCCUGGUUGUGGCGGGAAUGCUCAUUGUACUUAUGGUGCAACUGGCAAUGUUUGUUCUUGUGAUCCUGGUACGAGUGGAAAUCCUUAUGAAGAAUGUGCAAGUACUUUACUUGAACGACAGGUCUGCAAACCCAAUUCUUGCGGCAAAGGAGCAGUAUGUAGGCAGGCAUCAAAUAAAAUAGAAUGUACCUGCCCUCAAGGAUAUAGAGGAAAUCCUUAUGUUUUAUGUGAAGAUAUUGAUGAGUGCCUUGGUGAUGCAUGUGGCACAAAUUCUGUCUGCAUAAAUGCUCCUGGUACAUUUGAUUGUCAGUGUAAGGCUGGAUAUAUCGGAAAUCCAUUUUAUUCAUGUGUUGCAAUGGCUCCACAAACUUGUUUAGAUCCAGCAACCUGCGCCUGUAGCAAAAAUAGCCCUUGUCCUUCAGGGUACGUCUGCAAAAAAGGAAAGUGUAAAAACCAAUGUGAUUCAUUAAAAUGUGGACCAAGAGCUGCAUGCAUUAGUGGGCAAUGUAUUUGCCCCCCAGGGUUUUCAGGAUUGCCGACUGAUUUGAAAGUGGGUUGUCAGAUUUUGGAACAGUGUACAAAUGAUAUGGAUUGCAAAUCUUCAGAAAUUUGUUUCCAAGAGGGCAAAGGGUUAAGAAAAUGCUUAGACGCUUGUAAAAAAAUCCAGUGUGGACCUAAUGCGCUAUGUGUGACUGACAAUCACAAAUCCACUUGUAUUUGUGUCGAUGGUUAUUUUGGUAGUCCGAGUGAUCUUGCCAAUGGUUGUCAGCCUUCAAGAACAGUGCCGAGAGAAGACUGUACUAAAAAUGAAGAUUGUCCAACUGGGUUAAUAUGCGCAUUAAACAUCGACGGUGUUCAUUCUUGUGUAGAUCCUUGCUUCAAUGUCGCCUGUGGGAAAAAUGAAGUUUGUACAAGCGAUAAAACCGGUCAGCCCAAUUGUAAAUGUUCUGAAAGCUUCAACUGGAAUCCAAUUUCUUCAGAAUGCGAAAAACCAUCUCUACCUGACUGUGCCAUUGACAGCGAUUGUAAAUCUAAAGAAUCUUGUCGACAGGAUGCUCUUGGAGUCCUGAAAUGCAUGAAAGUCUGCCUAGACUUUACAUGCCCACAAAAUGCAAUAUGUGUUGCUUCAUCCCACAAAGGGUAUUGCCAGUGUGUACCCGGUUUCACAGGAAAUCCUAAUGAUAGAAAUGGAUGUGUCCCAAUUUUACAGAGUAAAUGUGUUUCUGAUAGUCAGUGUAUGGAAAGUGAAAAAUGUAUAAAGGGUAAAAAUGGUGUCAAAUCUUGCAAACUGGCUUGUGAUAUGAAAAAAUGCGGCCCUAAUACAUUGUGUGUUGUCAAUAAUCAUGUGGCACAGUGCCAAUGUCCACCUGGACCAUACACAGGAGACCCAAAUACCACAGGGUGCAAAGAAGUACCUUGUAUUUAUAACAAAGACUGUCCUGAAACUCAGUUAUGUAACAGACUUUCUCACACUUGCCAAGAAGUUUGUGAUAGGCACAAAUGUGGUGAUAACGCUGUUUGUAUCGGAGAAUCGCACCAUGCAAUUUGCCAAUGCCCUCCAGGAUUCAAACCCAAUCCAGUGGCAGAUAUAGAAUGCACGAGGAUAAAUACUUGCAAACCAAAUCCUUGUCAUCCAACAGCUAUUUGUGGAGAAGAUUUUGUUGGUGGAUACACCUGUAAAUGCCCUAAAAACCAGAUUGGUGAUCCACUUACGCUCGGCUGCCACGAAGAAGGAGAAUGUCCAAACGGCGAUUCAGACUGUCCUGAACAAUCUGUUUGCAGGGAGGGAAAAUGUGUUAAUCCCUGCCUCGGCAGUUGUGGAUCAAAUGCUAUCUGUACAGUUGUUGACAGGCAACCGGUCUGCUCAUGUCCGACAAAGUUUCAAGCUGUUGGGACUUCAAAUUUGUCACCGUGUGUCAGAAUAUUCACUACUUGCUCUUCUGAUAGAGACUGUGAUGGUGAAGUUUGCAUAAAUGGCCAAUGCAAAUCUGUUUGCCGAAAUUCGAAAGACUGUUCUCAAAAUGAGAAAUGCAUUCAGAAUAAGUGCCAAACACCAUGUACUGGACAUCGCCAGUGUCUUACUUCACAAGCGUGCGUGAGUGGAAUUUGCAUAACAGGUUGUAGAAGCAACAAAGACUGUGCAGCAGAUGAAGCUUGCAUUUCAAAUAAGUGCCAAGAUCCUUGCACAAAGCAAGCUUGUGGAACGAAUGCUCUAUGCAAGGCCAGAAAUCAUGCAGCACUUUGCACAUGUCCUAAAGGGUUUGCCGGAAAUCCUGUUGCCGAAAAAGACUGUAUCAGACUUCAAGCGUCAUGCUCCAGUCGCAAACCCUGCCCUCCGAAUCAGAUGUGUGUUGAGGGUCAGUGUAAACCUCCAUGUUCGGGAACGCAUGAAUGUGCAGUUGGCGAAAGAUGCACAGACGGACUUUGCUUUAAAGUCUGUUUUGGUGGAAGCAACUGCCUCCCAGGCCAAGUUUGUAUCGAAGGGAUCUGCCAAUCAGGCUGCACGUUAGAUUCAGAUUGUGACAAUUACCAAGUCUGCAAUGGAAACCGUUGCAGCUGCAAGAAUGGUUUCACUUUAGGUGUUAUUGGCUGUGAAGAUAUAAACGAAUGUUUGACACAGCCUUGCCACCCAUCUGCCACUUGUACGAAUGGCAUUGGUUCGUACAAAUGUACUUGUGAAAAUGGAAAAGUCGGAGAUCCGUAUGGAGAAAAAGGCUGUAGAGAAACACAUUCGUGCUCAAAUGAUGAUCAGUGCGAAGACACUCUGGGCUGUGUGAAUAAUGUUUGCACAGAUCCCUGUUCGGAUGGUCAAAACCCUUGUAGCCAGGCUGCACUGUGUAUUGUGGACAACCAUACACCUCAGUGUAACUGUCCAGCAGGUCACCUUGGCGAUCCAUAUGACCCUCUUUUAGGAUGCUUCAAAGUAGAAUGUACUUCUGAUGAUGAAUGUCCCCUUGAUAAAUAUUGCGAUCCUAAAGCUUACAAAUGCAUGGACCCUUGUGAAAAAUUAAACUGUGGUCAAGGCACAUGUCAUUCAAGCAAACACAAAGGGACUUGCUCUUGUUAUCCUGGAUUUAUGUUGACAAACGGAAAGUGUGUAGAUCAAGAUGAAUGUCAGACAAACCCUUGUCAUCCAAGUGCAAUAUGUCGAAAUACAAUCGGAAGUUUCCUAUGUAGUUGUGCAAAUGGUAUGGUGAGCGAUGGUGAACUAGGAUGUAGAAAGCCUGGUGAUUGUAUAGUGCAUUCAGAUUGUCCUUCAAGUGCUGCUUGUAUAGAUCAUAUGUGUCGGGACCCUUGUCUUGUACCUAAAACAUGUGCAAGUGAAGUUGUGUGUACCACUAUAGACCAUGCCACAGUUUGCUCGUGCCCUGUGAAAACAACAGGGGAUCCAAAGGUAAAAUGUAGCAAACUUCAGUGUAGUAAUGACUACGACUGCCUUGGAGAUCAAGCAUGUGUUUCUGGCAAAUGCAUUAACCCUUGUGAAUUAGCAAAUGUAUGCGGUGAAAAAGCAACUUGCUCGGUUGUUGAGCAUAACGCAUUUUGCACUUGCACUGCUGGAACCACCGGUGAUCCUCAUUUGGGUUGUGUGCCAUUACAGUAUUGUAGUAAUGAGCUCCAAUGUCAGUCAGGAACAGCUUGUCGUAAUGGAAUAUGUUUAUCUGUAUGUAGCAGUAAUAGGGAAUGUAUUUUUGAUCAACUUUGCAUAUCUGAAGUUUGUCAGCCAACAUGUCAUAAAAACGACUCCUGCCCAGAUUUUCAGUUUUGCCAAAAUAAUAUUUGUGUACGAGAAUUAAAAUGCUCAUCUGACCAUGAUUGCGAAGAUCAUCAAACUUGCAUUAUUAACUCAGUGGGUCAGGCAACUUGUGAAAAUGUGUGUGCAGGGAAAGUUUGUGGGCGAAACGCUGAAUGUUCGGCCAAAGGCCACAAAGCGAUUUGUAAAUGCAAAUCCGGCUAUUUUGGAAAUCCUCUAUCAUCAUGCUCUAGAAUAGAAUGUGAAUUUAAUGAGGAUUGUUCGAAUGAUAAAAUUUGCGACGGUCACAUGUGCAAGAUAUCAUGCCUAGUUCACAACCCUUGCGGACAGAACGCAGUCUGUUCAGCAGAAAGUCACAGGCAGGUGUGCUACUGUCAACCAGGAUUUUCGGGCGAUCCGCAUGGAGGAUGCACGCCUGAAGACUAUUGUGCAACAAAUCCCUGUGGACCUGGAACUAUGUGUGUCAAUUCACGUGGCAUGGCAAAGUGUUUGUGUCCAAUGGGAACUAUUGGAGAUCCUUAUAAAGAGGGAUGCACCCAAUCCAUAAAAUGUAAAAGUAACGAGGACUGCCCUCACAUUGCACAGUGUGUCGACAUAAUGGGAGUAACCAAAUGCAAAGAUGUAUGCGAAGAGAAUCCCUGCGGACAAAAUGCAGAGUGUAAAGCAACAAAUCAUGAGGCGCAAUGUGUAUGUCGUUCUGGGUAUAAAGGUGACCCCAGGGACAAACAAGUCGGUUGUAGACCAAAAUCAAUUGCCUGUAAGACAAACACAGAUUGUCCUCAUGACACUUACUGCUAUGGAGGAAUUUGUAGAAAUUCGUGCCAACAGAAUUCAGAAUGCAAUCUUGAUGAACAGUGUAUCUUAGGGCGGUGCACAAACCCAUGCCUUGAUCCUAGUGUUUGCGGAAUGAACGCCAAAUGCUAUGUAGUCGAUCACAACAAACAAUGCUCUUGCCCACCAGGAUUUACAGGAAAUAGUCUCACUGAAUGUGUUCGAAUACCCAGUUCUUGCUCAACUAAAAAUGACUGCCCUGCACAAAACAUUUGUGAAGACAACUUAUGUAGGCCAGUGUGUAAAGCUGAUAAUGACUGUGCUCUUAAUGAAAAAUGUCUUAAAGGGACAUGCAAGCUUACAUGCAGGGUUGAUAAUGACUGUUUCCUUGGACAUAUAUGCUCAAAUAACCUUUGCAUAUUUGGAUGCAGCUCUGAUGAUGAUUGUUCUGCAAGUGAAUCUUGUAGAGGAAACGUUUGUGUCAAUCCAUGUUCAGAAAUAUCCUGUGGGCCAAAUGCAGUUUGCACGGUAUCCAAUCAACGGGCGGUUUGUUCUUGUGAGAAUGACCUGGUACCUGCCCCCACUGCGAGUGUUGCUUGUGUGCGAGCACCUCCUCUCCGUUGUUCAAUAAAUAAGCAAUGUACAUCUGGUCAUGUUUGUGUGGAGCAACAAUGCCGGCCUUUCUGUGCGAGUGAUUCGGGUUGUUUAAGGAAUGAAAAGUGCGACGGCAAUCUCUGUGUGCCAGUAUGUAGACGAGACGAUGACUGUGGUUCAGGAGAGAUUUGUAAUAGUUUCAUGUGCCUGCAAGGAUGUAGGAGUGAUUCAGGUUGUCCUGGAGAUAAGGCGUGUGCCAAUUCAAAGUGCAUUGAUCUGUGUGAUUCGCCCACUUCAUGUGGAACAAAUGCCAAAUGCUCUGUUCAGAACCACAAAAAGGUAUGUGAGUGUAUUAAAGGACUAAUCGGAGACCCACAAGUUUCGUGUCGCCCACCAAUUAAAAGUUGUCAACAAAAUGAAGAUUGUACUAAAGGAUACACAUGUUAUCUUAAUCACUGUGUGGCAAAAUGUAACUCGGACAAUGUGUGCUUAUCUGACGAACGUUGCUUGAAUGGAAUUUGUAAAGUAAUAUGUAAUACUGAUGCCAAGUGUGGUUUAGGACAAAUUUGUGAGAAUCGAGUUUGUCAAGUUGGUUGUAGAAGUGAUGUGGUGUGUCCUGGAAACAAAGCGUGUAUUAAUAAACAGUGCCGAGAUCCAUGUGAGAGUGCUUCCAAUUGUGGUUCAUGUGCGACAUGUUCAGUAGUGAAUCAUGGUGUGCAGUGUAGCUGUGAUAAUGGCCUUGUAGGAGAUCCAUUAGUCGCUUGUGUUAAACCUCCUUUGAAAUGUAAUGGAAUAUGUACCUGUGAUGAAUCUACUGGCUACUGCACGACACCUUGUAAAAAGAAUAAAGAUUGCCCAUGCGGUAACACUUGCUCGAACGGUGUUUGUGCCGCAAUUUGUCUGAGCAAUCAGCAAUGUCCACCAGGACAGCUGUGUAAGAAUGGUGUCUGUGCAAGUGGCUGUUUAAAACAGAGUGAUUGCCCUUUUGAUAAAACAUGCUCAGAAGGGCAUUGUGUAGAUCCUUGCGGCACAAGUCACUCACCGUGUGGUUUAAAUGCCGAAUGUCGAGUUUCUGAACAUAGACCCAUUUGCCUUUGUCCUGCUGGAACAGCAGGAGAACCAACAGUAUCCUGUUCGAAGAGUGCACUUUGCAAUUCAGAUAUGGAAUGUCCAAGUGAUAAGACAUGUGAUGUGGAUGGAGUAUGUCGAAAUCCAUGCUUGAAAAACAGCCCUUGUGGUAUAAAUGCGCAAUGUAGAGCUGUUGACAGGAGAGCGAGCUGUACCUGUCCCCCAGGAUUUUAUGGCAAUGCUAUGACAGAAUGCAAAUCAGCUAGCACAGGUGGCGACAGCUGUGCUAAAAAUCCUUGUGGUCGUAAUACUGUAUGCCGAGAAUUGCCAAAUGGCUACGAAUGCAGUUGUAGGCUGGGCUGCAUCGGCAAUCCAAACAAGGGAUGCAUAUGUGAAGAUUCAGUGAGAAGUGAUCCUUGUUCAUCCGCUAAGUGUGGUGUACAAGCAUUAUGCAGAGCUGUUGGAGAUUCAUACAAAUGUUAUUGCCCCAUGGACUAUCCUUUCGGAGAUCCUCUCGUAAAAUGUAUUAAAAGAGGAGACUGUAGAACCGAAGGUUGUGGAGUGGGAGCUGAAUGUAGAGAGAAUGGUGAUAAUUUCAUUUGUAAAUGUCCCACUGGUACUCGUGGCAAUCCUCAAACACUUUGCAAACCAGAGAGCGAGUGCAAGAUGGACGUAGACUGCCCAAAUGAGAAGGCUUGCAUCAAUGGAGAGUGUAUAGAGGUGUGCAAUAUCAGGGGUUCAUGCGGCCUGAAUGCUCUUUGUCAGCCUGUGUUCCAUAGGGCAGUUUGCUCGUGCCCCCAAUGCCAUUCUGGAGACCCAACCGUAUCCUGUACCCCAGAUUUGAAAUGUCAGAAUUCAUCACCAAAAAUUUCAUCUCAAAAGUGCAAGUUUAAUGAAGACUGUCCUGGAAGCAUGUCUUGUGAACAGGGUGAAUGUCAGGACCCUUGUUUAACUGGAAAACAGAUUUGCAACUCGAAUAAAAAGUGUCAAGUCCGGGAACAUAAUCCUAUGUGUGUUUGCAAAUACGGCUUUUCAUUAAACGACAAUGGAGAGCUUCAGUGUGCAUCAACCGAACCUCAAUGCAAAACUAGUAAUGAUUGCUCAACUCAGUUAGCAUGCAUGUCUGGAACCUGCUCCAACCCUUGUACCACGGAUUUGUGCCCAGAAAACAGGACGUGUUUAGUCCUUAAUCACAAGCCUGUAUGUGUUUGUACAGAAAGUUGCAACCCUACAGUGUCCAUUUGUUUAAGAGACACAGGUUGUCCACCAAAUUUAGCCUGCACAAACUUUCAGUGUAUGAACCCUUGUUUGAACACAACUUGCCCUCAAAACACUCCUUGCUUUGUGGAAGAUCACAAACCAGUCUGCAAGUUUUGCCCCAUGGGAUAUACGGCUGAUCAAAAAUAUGGAUGUAUUAAAGCUAUAAGUUGUUUUGAUGAAAAUGACUGUGCUUCUCACCAGUCCUGCUAUGAAAACAUUUGUCAAAACCCUUGCCUAAUAGCUAAUCCUUGCUCUCCACAUGAAGAAUGUCAAGUCCACGACCACAACCCAGCAUGUGUGAAAGUUUGUCAAUGUCAGAAAGACUCAGAUUGCCGAGGUUCUGCUAAUACCGUCUGUGAUGGUUGCAACUGUGUACCACAAGGUGAAGAUAGAGUUGUCACUACUGGCUGUGACCAUUGCCCACCUGGAUCAGCCUGCGACAAGCUUACUGGUGCUUGUAUCAAAGAAGCCGAAUCAACGACACCUUUGCACAUUCCUAUUGAGAGUACACCCCCAGUAGAAAGUACCGAAAAUGUUGAUAUGACUGAUACUGUUUCCACAACAGAAUUUGCAACUGAAGUUACCACAACUGAAGUUACCACAACUGAAUCUAGUGACAGAACUACUGAACCGACUGAUCAUACGACUAAUUCGGAUGAUGUAACUGGUUCUAACUUUAGAAAUACUGAUAAGACUGACAAUGUUAAUUUAUUUUCUACAACUAACAAAGAUCAACCUACAAUUUCUAGUCAAACUACUAAUGAACCCCUAACUACUUAUAAAGUUCCUGAAAUGAAAACGUCUAUUUAUACAUUUGAACCCAGUCUAGGAACUGAUAAUGAAUUUGUUACUACUUCUGAAAGGACGACAAUAUCAAAUACUGUUGGAGACAAUUUGGCAACUUCCUCCACAUUUGAUAGUGAGACAUCAACCGUUACUACUACUAAUGAUUACUCUGAACAUACUACAACCCUUUCUUCUGUAACGCAUAAAGCAAAAUCGAUGGAAUCACUUACUACUACGACAAAAUUCACUGAAACAACAGACUCAUCUUCAACGAACACGGAAAGUACCACCAGUGGGAUGACUGCAUUAACAGAAUCCUCUACUGGAAUACAUGAGGACCAAGAGAAAACAACACAAGAAUACAGUGGUCAACCGACAGGUAGUACAAUUUCUUCGGCUAUUGAGAAGUCAACUAUAAACAGUUUAGUAACUGAAGAAGGCUCAAGUACGACUUUUGAAAGUAUGACCAAUGCAGAUUUUGAAAAUGCAACUGAAAUCCCAGUAAAUGCUGAAAAUGUUACGUUCCAACUGAGUACUACUACUGGAAAAGGUAUAAGUGAGUUUUUUUCAGAAAUGACUCAAGAAGAUAAACUCUCUUCCACAACAUUAUCACAAAUGUUUACUGAAGAAAGUACUGUAGAACCCUCUACUGAAACUCCUGGAGUUGAACAAUCGACAUUCAGUACAAUUCAGGCUACUACCAAUUUGUUCUCUACAACUCAAGAAAAAACACAAUUUACUACCCCAAGUAUGACGACUCAAGUUUCUGAAAUGACGGAAUCGUCAACUGAUUUGAAUAAUUCAACCACCGAAAGUUCAACUAUGGUCACUGAUGCUGCACUAUCACAGGGUACAACUGAGCCAACAACAUUUACGACUAUUGGUGAAGGUCAAACAGAAUCAGUAACAACUCGACAAACAGGAUUCUUUGAUUCAAAAACUACACAAAUUCCCAUGGGAACAACUGAAGUUGCUACUGAGACCAUUCCAUUUUUUACCACAAAUGUUGACGAGAUCAUGGAUAAUUUUACUUCUACUAAUUUUAUUAAUGAUCAAACCAGCACAAAUUUGCCAGAUCUAAGUUUUACCAACACUGUUACAACAAUGGAAAGCACUCAAAGUUCUCCAGCAGUUUCAGAAGUUUCAGCAACUUUCACACAAACAGAAAUGACAACUGAAUCAUCCACAGUGUCAACAGAUCUGAUAACAAAUGAAAUGCAGGAAGAAACAACAAGCAGUCAAAUCAAUAAUACUGAGUUUGUUUCGUUUAAUGAACCCAAUGAAAUGCAAAAUGUAACAACUGAACAGAGUAAUGCUGAAACAACAAAAUUCACUACAGCAAUCGCACAAGAAACCACUGAGCCAAUGGUUGAAUCUACAACACGGUUCAAUUUAAGCAGUGUUCAAGAUGAAAUGAGCACUAUGAGUACAGUUGCAGUUAAUGACACCUCUGCUACUGAAUCUCCUACAUUUUGGACGACAUUUUUUGAAUCAGGUAGAGCUAUGAUGGAUGCCAUGUUAACUACACAAGUUUUUACAAGUACUCAGAGCACAACACAAUUUACAUCAUCUUUGCCUACAACUGAAAAGUCGACAAUGCUGAGUACAGAUUCCAUAUCAGAAGAAGUCAAUCAUACCUCUCCCAAUGUACUUUCAACAUUGGAAAUGACUACUGUUGGAUUUACUGAUUCAACAGAUCUAAAUGAAUUUAGUCAACCACCUUCAACUGUUUUAGAACCUUCAGCCACUACAGAUGCAGAAGAUGGUAAAAUGACUACUGGUGAGGGGGGAAUUACUCAGACUACUGUAGUAAAUGUAUUUGCAGAAACUGAAAAUUCUACUCUUAUGUCAUUUAAUUUUGUACAUGAAAGCUCUAGUGAAUUAUCAACUGAGCAGAAUAACUUUACAGAAUCUUCUCCCGUUUAUCAGGGACGAUUAUUAAAUGAGACUGAUUCAACUACUCCUAGUUUGUCCAGUGAACUUGAAUCAACAACAGAAAAAUAUAAGAGUACAGUCUUGUCAACAACAAAUGACAUGGAAACAGUUUUAACUAGUGAAAUGACAACGCCUUUAACAACAUUUAAGACUAGUGACAUGACUACCAUGCCAGCUACUAUGGAAAGUACAGCCAACGCAGUCAUAACAUCAACAGCGAGUGACACGGCAACCACGGAGGUUUUUCAACAGACUUCAACCAAUUCAGAUGAAAGCACUAGCAUGCCUGAUCAGAGUGCUGGAAAAACUACUGAGUCUGUAACAUAUUCAACAGAAAAAACUGAUAGUACAUUAUCAACAUCAGCUCAUGUUACUGAGGAGAUGACUUCAUUGCCAACUACGACCGGAUUCCCUACUGAGAUGUCUGAACAGACAACCCCAUUUAAAGAUGUUGGUACUACGUUAACAUCAACUCCAAUGAGUAAAGAGACAACUACUAAUUUUUUUACAACUGAGGCUUCAACUACUGAGGGACAAGAAACAACAAUGAAAGAAAGUACAAUAGAGAUGUCUGAGGGGUCUUCAACUUCUUCUACUGAAAAAACGGUUACUACUACUGUCUUUACGACAACUCCUAUGGUUGAUGAAACGACACAAGAAAGUACUUCAGAAAUGUUUGAAGGUUCUACAACUUCUUCAACUGAAAAAACACUUACUACUACUGUCCUCACAUCAACUCCUAUGAUUGAUGAGAUGACCACUGAAGAAAGUACAUCAAAAAUGACUUCAGUCCCAACAACUACUAUGGGAUCAGAAACCACUGCUGGUACUACAAUUUCUUCAACAGAUGAAACUGUUAGUACUGAAAUAACUUCAACAUCCAAAAGUGAUGAGACUACCACUGAAGAAAGUACAUCAGAAAUGACUUCAGUCCCAACAACUACCAUGGGAUCUGAAACAACUGCUGGUACUACAACCCCUGUAACAGAUGAAACUGUCAGUACUGAAAUAACUUCAACUUCCAAAAGUGAUGAGACAACCACUGAAGAAAGUACAUCAGAAAUGACUACAGUCCCAACAACAACUACCAUGGGAUCAGAAGCAACUGCUGAUACUACAACAUCUUCAACCGAUGAAACUUUUAGUACAGAGGGGUUGUCCACUGCUUCAACUAUUGAUGAAUUUAAUACUGGCUCUACAAUGGAGUUUACAAUAACCACUGAACCGUCGACAUUUUCUACUAGCCUGGAAAAUGAAAAUACUACUACUGACCAUUUGGACUUCUCAACCACUCCCACAGAGUUUGAUAAUUUCAAUUUAUCAACAACAGAAUCAUUUACAGUAGAUACUACAUUCGAAAGUACCACAGAAAAUACAAUGACUACACUUGAUUACACGACUGUGCCUAGUAUUGUACGACAGUUUCAUGAUAAAAAACUAUGUUCCAAAGACUCUGACUGUGAUAAAGGGAAUGCUUGUGCUAAUGGUGUGUGCAAAACAUGUCCUCAGGGGACCAACACAGUGGAUUGCCAAAGAGCAUCUGGUGGAAAACCAAAAAAACCCCAACCGUGUGAAAAGGACACAGAAUGUUUGGAGAUUGAAGCGUGCUACAAUGGAAUGUGCGAAGAUCUCUGCGGAUUAGAAAACCUUUGUGCACCGACAGCAAAAUGCCAUGUUGUGAAACAUCGCCCUGUUUGCACAUGCCCCCCUGGACAUCAAGGCAACCCUGCUGUUAAGUGCUUUCUCCCCCAGCCAUUGACAUGUUUAAGCAAUGAUGAUUGCGGAAUCACUGAAGCUUGCAUUGGGCUUACAUGCCAACACCCUUGCGAUGUUCACAAUCCGUGUUCGCAAAAUGCUGUGUGUAUUAACACCAACCACGGUUGUGACUGUAAAUGUGCCGAAGGUUUUUAUGGGAACGGCUUUGUUGGCUGUGUACCCGCUAUGUCGCAUAAAACUGUAUGCCAGUACAAUGAAGAUUGCCCGCCAGAGAAAUUAUGCGAUAGAUUGAAUAGAGUGUGCAUAAACCCUUGUAAAGAUGAUCCAUGUGGCGAUAAUGCCGAAUGUGUGCCAAAAAAUCAUGGAACUGAUUGCCAAUGCCUACCAGGAUUCUCCGGCAACCCCUAUCUUUUCUGUACUCAAGUUUCAGGCUGUCAUAGUGAUAGUGAAUGUGCUUCAAAUGAAGCUUGCUUAAACGGAGCCUGUGGAAGCCCUUGCAACUGUGGUUCAAAUGCAAUUUGUGAUGUUGUUAAUCACCAGCCAACAUGUAAAUGUUUGCCUGGUUAUGGAGGAAAUGCUGUCGUUGGAUGUACAGGCCCCUUAAAUCCAUGUGAUCCUAAUCCAUGUGGAGUAAAUGCUCUUUGUGAAGUUGACGCUGGUGGACCAAUAUGCUACUGUCCGAAAGGAAUGACAGGAAAUCCAUUUAAAAAUUGCAUACCUGAAGGUGAUGAAUGUUCACCGAAUCCAUGUGGUCCUCAUUCAGGGUGCCGAGUUGUACAAGGCUCCCCAGUUUGCUUCUGCUUACCAGAAUAUGAAGGAAAUCCCCCUACCCAACCCUGUUCAUUACCAAGACACCCAUGCAAUCCAUCUCCAUGUGGUCCUAACACACAAUGCUCCGUACUUGAAAAUGGUUUUGCUAAGUGUACUUGUCUUCCUGGGUACCUUGAGAGUCCCAAUACUAUCCGAGGUUGUGUGGAGAGGAGAAACCCGUGUUUCCCCAAUCCUUGCGGCAUUGGAGCUUUGUGUGAUAAAGAUUCUAAUCCUCCCUGUUAUUGUCCUGAACCUCUAGUCGGGAAUCCAUAUAGGACUUGUGCAGAACCAGUGAAAGCACUAUGCAAGCCAGGUCCUUGUGGCCACAAUGCUGAUUGUUAUAUAACAGGAAAUUCUGAGCAAUGUUACUGUAAGCCUGGUUAUAUUGGAGAUCCAUAUACUCUUUGUCAAUUGGAACCAAAAAGCCCUUGUUUCCCGAGUCCUUGUGGACCUCAUGCUUUGUGCACAGUAACUCCUCAAGGUCAUCCAAUGUGUCUUUGCCCUGAUGGCAUGGCUGGAGAUCCUUUCUCCGGUUGCGGUGGACCCCAGUGCACCACCGAUGAUGAUUGUCCUUUGGAAUUGGCUUGUAUAGGACACAGAUGUCGUAACCCAUGCCUUGGGUGUUGUGGAUUUGGAGCAUCAUGUAAAGUGGAGAAACAUCAUCCCGUAUGUACUUGUAACCAUGGACUCACUGGAAACCCCUUUGUCAGAUGUUAUCAAGUGCUCAGUAUCGAUGGUCCGAAAAACCCAUGUUACCCAUCACCCUGUGGCCUAAAUACUGAAUGCAGGGUUUCGAAUGGAAGGCCAGUUUGUUCCUGUCUCCCGCAUUACUUGGGAAAUCCAAAAACAGGAUGCCGACCUGAAUGUGUUUUGAAUUCAGAUUGUGGGGACGAUUCUGCAUGCAUCAAUCAAAUAUGUGUAAAUCCCUGCACAGCAAGUAACGUUUGUGGUCUGGGAGCAGUUUGUACCUGUAGAGAUCACACACCUACCUGCUCUUGUCCUCCAAAUUAUAUUGGUGACCCAUUUGUCCAAUGUAUUCACAGACCUGUGGUUGGCCCAAAUGCAACUUUGCCUUGCAAGCCUUCUCCAUGUGGGCCUGAAGCAAUGUGCAUGGUCUUUGGACAAGUAGCAAUGUGUGAUCCUUGUGGGUUACCUGAAUCUCACUGGAAUCCACAAUGCCGACCUGAAUGUUUAGCCGAUUCUGAUUGCCAGUUCAACCAUGCUUGCAUAAAUUACAAAUGUAUUGACCCGUGUCCUGGUUCCUGUGGUGUGAAUGCACAGUGUAGUUGUAUCCACCACGUACCUAUUUGCUCUUGUCCUCAUGGAAUGGUUGGAAAUCCUUUUGAACACUGCACAUUCCCUCUUCCAGACUCUGAAAGCAAAGUGGAUACCUGCCAACAGAGACAUUGUGGUGCAAAUGCAGUUUGCCAAGAUCAUUAUGGUAGUACAGCAUGUGUUUGUCUUCCCAAUUUCUUCGGAAAUCCUUAUCUAGGAUGUAGACCUGAAUGUGUUAUAAAUUCGGAUUGUGGGUAUAACAAGGCAUGUAUAAACCAAAGAUGUGUUGAUCCUUGUUCAGGAGCAUGUGGUGUACAUGCAUUAUGCUCUUGUGUACAUCAUGUUCCUAUUUGCCACUGCCCUGAACACCAUACUGGAGACCCAUUUGUUACUUGUUAUCCAGUUAGUCCAGAUGCACCACCACAAUUAGGCCAUCCAGAAAAUCCAUGUGACCCAUCACCAUGUGGGCCUAACAGUCGAUGCAUAGUAUCUCAUCAAGGUUUUGCGACAUGUUCUUGUUUGCCUGGAUACAGGGGUGUACCACCUGUAUGCCAGCCUGAGUGUUUAGUCAGUUCUGAAUGCCAACCCGACAAGGCUUGUAUCAAUCAAAAGUGUGUAGAUCCAUGUCCUGGCACCUGCGGUAUUGGAGCUCAUUGUGUCGUCAUCAACCAUAAUCCAAUAUGCAGUUGUCCUCCAGGCCAUGUGGGUGAUCCUUUUGUGAGCUGUCAUCUCCAGCCAGCAUAUGAAGAGCCAAAAUCACCAGGCAAUCCUUGUGAGCCCAGCCCGUGUGGUCCUAAUUCAAUAUGCUCUGUAAAGCAAGGACACCCUGUAUGUUCUUGUAAUGUGAAUUACAUUGGAUCUCCUCCAUUUUGCCGUCCCGAGUGUGUCAUGAGUCAGGAGUGUCCUUCAAAUAAAGCUUGCAUCCAAGAGAAAUGUCAAGACCCUUGCUCUCAUAAUUGCGGACUGAAUGCUCAGUGUGAUGUCGUUAAUCACACUCCUUUCUGCAGUUGCCUCCCAGGUUAUCAGGGAGAUGCAUUUAUCAGCUGUACAAAAAUACCUCUAAAUGUCCUACCUGAAGUACCUAAAGACCCUUGCGAACUUUGGCCAUGUGCAGAAAAUGCUCAAUGCACUAAUCAAAAUGGAAAUGCAAGAUGUACCUGUAUUCCACCAUACCUUGGCGACCCUUAUAGUAGUGGAUGUCGCCCUGAAUGUCUGAUGAAUGCUGACUGUGCACAAAAUCUUGCUUGUUUGUCAAGUCACUGUAGAGAUCCUUGUCCGGGAGUAUGUGGAAAUAACGCUCUUUGUAGUGUUGUGAAUCAUGUUGCUGUUUGUUCUUGUCAUCCUGGAUAUAUUGGUGACCCUUUCCAAUCUUGCCGUCCAAAGCCACAAGAACCUGCCCGCCCGGUCAAUCCUUGUGAGCCAAGCCCUUGUGGUGCUAACAGUGUAUGCCGUGUUCAAGGAGGCACAGCUGUUUGCUCUUGCAUCCAGGGAUACAUUGGGGCACCACCUUCUUGUCGACCUGAAUGUGUGGCCAGUUCUGAAUGUUCACAAAAUCAAGCUUGUAUCAACCAAAAGUGUACUGAUCCAUGCCCUGGAACGUGUGGAUUGCAUGCCAAUUGCCAAGUAGUCAAUCAUAACCCAAUUUGCAGCUGCCCACCCAAUACAAUUGGAGACCCAUUUGUUCGAUGUGUUCAAGAAGAACCAAGGGUACCAGUUGUUGCUGAAAAUCCCUGUAUGCCAUCGCCAUGUGGUGGGAAUUCUGAGUGUAGAGUAGUCGAACACCGACCAGUCUGCUCCUGCCUUGCCGGAAUGCUUGGGACUCCUCCAAACUGUCGUCCAGAGUGUCUUAUUCAUGCGGAUUGUCCUACAAGAUUGGCCUGCAUUGGGUCAAAGUGCAAAGAUCCUUGUGUCGGUUCAUGUGGAUUCAACGCACUUUGCAAUGUGGUGAACCAUCAACCGGUGUGCACCUGCCAGACUGGAUACCAGGGAGAUCCAUUUUCAGGAUGUUCAAAAGUAGUUAUCCAAGAAGUGGAUAUCACAGAUCCUUGUAAUCCUACUCCUUGCGGUAGUAAUACUGCUUGUAGGAAUCACAAUGGUCUAGGAUCUUGCAGUUGCCUUCCUGGCUACUUUGGUGAUCCAUAUACAGGGUGUAGACCACAGUGUGUACUAAACACUGACUGCCCUUGGAAUCAGUGCUGUCAAAACAACAAAUGUACAGACCCUUGUGUAGGAGCAUGUGGUUUGUAUGCUGAGUGUAGAGUUGCACACCAUACACCUUUUUGUAGCUGUUUGCCUGGAUUUUAUGGAAAUCCUCUUGUCGCUUGUCACAUAGUAGUGCAUGAACCUACUGUUGAAAAAAAUCCUUGCCACCCAUCACCGUGUGGACCGUAUAGUGAAUGCAAGGAAAAUUCUGGGUAUGGUGCAUGUAGCUGUUUACCUGGUUAUAUUGGUGUUCCUCCAUCGUGCAGACCAGAAUGUGUUGUUAGCUCAGAAUGUGCUUUAAAUAGAGCAUGUGUAAAUCACAAGUGCGUCGAUCCAUGCCCAGGGACUUGCGGAAUAAAUGCGUUGUGUCAAGUAGUAAACCAUAAUGCUAUUUGCACUUGUUCGCCAGGUUAUAAUGGUGAUCCUUUUGUCAGAUGCGUUUUAGAUCAAAAGCCUGCUGUGGCAGAUGUAGUGACCCAGAAUCCUUGUGUGCCAAAUAUAUGUGGACCGAAUUCAUUGUGUAAAACUAUAGGACAAACCCCAGUUUGUUCAUGCUUAAGUAACUACAUUGGACGGCCACCUAACUGUAGACCAGAAUGUACAAUUAAUGCUGACUGUUCUGGCAACCAAGUUUGUCAAAACGAGAGAUGUAAAAAUCCUUGUCCAUCUUCAUGUGGUGUGCAUGCGCUGUGCAGUGUUUCAAAUCAUGCACCUUUAUGCUCUUGUUUGCCUGGUUACAAUGGUGACCCAUAUAUAGAAUGUUCACCAAUCAUUCAAUCUGUACAACCUGAAGCACCAAGGAAUCCUUGUAAUCCUUCUCCAUGUGGUCCAAAUGCAGUUUGCAAAGAGCGUAAUGGUGCUGGCUCUUGUCUAUGUCUUCCUGAAUAUUCUGGUGAUCCUUACACAGGUUGUCGACCAGAAUGUGUUCUUAAUACUGAUUGUCCCAGAGAUAAGGCAUGUACAAAUAAUAAAUGUCGAGACCCAUGCCCUGGGAUGUGUGGUCUCAAUGCAGAAUGUAGAGUUGUUAAUCAUGCUCCAUCAUGUACAUGCCUUCCUGGAUAUACUGGUAAUCCUCUUUCAUCUUGUCAACUACCACCACCACCACCACCUGUUCAAAAACCAAAAAAUCCUUGUGUACCUUCACCUUGUGGACCGUAUAGUGUAUGCAAAGUGACUGAUAAUCAUGCAGUCUGCUCAUGCCAAGCCAAUUAUGUUGGCUCUCCGCCAGCAUGCCGGCCAGAAUGUAUGAUUAGUGCAGACUGUGCCCAAGAUAAAGCUUGUUUAAAUCAAAAAUGUGCUGAUCCUUGCCCUGGAACAUGUGGUCUUAAUGCACGAUGCCAAGUAGUUAAUCACAAUCCAAUAUGUAGUUGUCCAACAGGUUUUCAAGGAGACCCGUUUGUAAGGUGUCUCAAAGAAGAAAAACCACCUGCUGUAAGACCUAGUGGAAAUCCUUGUGUCCCUUCACCAUGUGGCCCUAAUUCACAAUGUAGACCGGUUGGAAAUACUCCAGCAUGCUCAUGUUCUCCAAAUUAUAUUGGAAGACCACCAAACUGUCGUCCAGAAUGUACUAUUAAUGCCGAAUGUGCUGGAAACUUGGCAUGUCAAAAUGAAAGAUGUAGAGAUCCUUGUCCAGGAUCGUGUGGACCUCAAGCCACAUGCAGAGUAGUUAAACAUAAUCCACAAUGCUCAUGCCUUCCGGGAUACACUGGUGAUCCAUUCGCUGGGUGUUCUUUAAUUCAACAAAUUGCACCUACUGAGGGUCCUAGAAUGCCUUGUAAUCCUUCCCCUUGUGGUGCAAAUGCCAUAUGUAAAGAAAAGAAUGGUGCUGGAUCUUGCGUUUGCCUUCCUGAAUAUUUUGGUGAUCCUUAUACUGGAUGUAGGCCGGAAUGUGUUGUGAACACAGAUUGUGAUCGAAAUAAAGCCUGCAUGAACAAUAAAUGUAAAGAUCCAUGUCCUGGUACAUGUGGACUAAAUGCUGAAUGUGUUGUUGUAAAUCAUGCUCCAUCAUGUACUUGCCUGCCUGGUUUCACUGGAGACCCCAUUGCUGCAUGCCGACGUCCUCCAACUGAAACUGAAAAGCCCAAAAAUCCUUGUCAACCAUCUCCAUGUGGGCCAUUCAGUGUUUGCAGAGUAACUGACAAUCAUGCUGUAUGCUCUUGUCAGCCAAAUUGUAUCGGUACUCCUCCUGCAUGUCGACCUGAAUGUAUGAUUAGUACAGACUGUGCCCAAGAUAAGGCUUGUUUGAAUCAAAAAUGUGCAGACCCUUGCCCUGGAACAUGUGGUCUUAAUGCACGUUGUCAAGUUGUCAAUCAUAACCCAAUCUGUAGUUGCCCAUCGGGCUUCCAGGGAGAUCCAUUUGUGAGAUGUUUGAAGCAAGAAACACGGCCUGUUACACCACCACCAAGUACUAACCCUUGUGUUCCUUCACCUUGUGGUCCAAACUCUCAAUGUAGGCCAGUUGGAAAUACCCCAGCCUGUUCUUGUUCCCCAAAUUACAUAGGAAGGCCACCAAAUUGCCGUCCUGAAUGUACGAUAAAUGCUGAGUGCUCAGGAAACUUGGCUUGUCAAAAUGAGCGAUGUCGAGACCCCUGUCCUGGGUCUUGUGGGCCACAAGCUACUUGUGUAGUAGUUAAACACAACCCUCAAUGCUCCUGCCUUCCUGGUUAUACAGGUGAUCCCUUUGCAGGCUGUUCACUUGUCCAACAGAUUGCCCCUACAGAAGGGCCUCGAAUGCCCUGCAAUCCAUCACCUUGUGGGGCUAAUGCUGUAUGUAAAGAAAGAAAUGGUGCUGGGUCAUGUGCUUGUCUUCCAGAAUAUUUUGGAGACCCUUACACUGGCUGUAGGCCUGAAUGUGUUGUUAAUUCAGACUGCGAUAGAAACAAAGCCUGUAUGAAUAAUAAAUGUAGAGACCCUUGUCCUGGAACUUGUGGUUUAAAUGCGGAAUGUAAUGUAGUGAAUCAUGCUCCAACCUGCAAUUGCCUACCGGGCUUUGUAGGGGAUCCAAUCACUGCUUGUCGCCAACCGCCUGCAAGUAAGAUGAAUAAAGUGCAACUGAUCAUUAUAGUAUCACAUUUAAUACAUUGUUAAAUUUCUAUUAUUAAAUUAGAGCCAGAAGUACCUCAAAACCCAUGUCAACCGUCUCCCUGUGGACCUUAUAGUGUAUGUAGAGUAGUAGACAGCCAUGCUGUAUGUUCUUGUCAGCAAAAUUAUGUUGGUUCGCCACCAGCUUGCAAGCCAGAAUGCAUGGUCAGUUCAGAAUGUGCUCAAGACAAGGCUUGUUUAAAUCAAAAAUGUGCAGACCCAUGCCCAGGCACCUGUGGGCUAAAUGCCCGGUGUCAAGUGGUUAAUCAUAACCCGAUUUGUAGCUGUCCCACUGGAUUCCAGGGUGAUCCAUUUGUUCGUUGUCUUAAAGAAGAAAAACGUCCAGUGUCUCCACCCAGUGGAAACCCUUGUGUUCCGUCACCUUGUGGACCAAAUUCUCAAUGUAGGCCAGUUGGUGCCACACCUGCAUGCUCAUGUUCACCUAACUACAUUGGAAGGCCUCCUAAUUGCCGUCCAGAAUGUACCAUUAAUUCAGAAUGUCCAGGGACAAUGGCUUGCCAAAAUGAACGAUGCCGAGAUCCUUGUCCUGGAUCAUGUGGACCGCAAGCCACAUGUCAAGUUGUAAAACAUAAUCCUCAAUGUUCAUGCCUACCACAGUUUACAGGAGACCCUUUCUCUGGGUGUUCUCCUGUUCAACAGAUUGCACCAACAGAGGGACCUAAAAUGCCUUGUAAUCCUUCCCCUUGUGGAGCAAAUGCCAUAUGCAAAGAACGCAAUGGUGCUGGAUCGUGUAUAUGCUUACCUGAAUACUUCGGUGAUCCUUACACUGGCUGCAGGCCAGAAUGUGUAAUUAAUACAGAUUGUGAUAGAAGCCGAGCAUGUGUAAAUAACAAGUGUAAAGAUCCAUGCCCUGGAACAUGUGGGCUAAAUGCAGAAUGUAGAGUCGUUAAUCAUGCUCCUUCAUGUAGUUGUAUUCCCGGUUAUUCAGGCAAUCCUCUUUCUUCUUGCACUCUUAUACAAUCUGAAGCCGUUGAGCCCGUAAAUCCAUGUGUGCCUUCACCUUGCGGACCUAACAGCAUUUGUAAAGAAGUAAGAGAUCAUGCUGUAUGCACCUGCCAACCGAAUUUUGUUGGUUCACCACCAUCAUGUAGGCCAGAGUGUGUUGUUAGCUCAGAAUGUGCCCAAGACAAGGCUUGUGUCAAUCAAAAAUGUACUGAUCCUUGUCCUGGAACAUGUGGGUUAAAUGCACGUUGUCAGGUGGUCAAUCAUAAUCCAAUCUGCAGUUGUUCACCUGGUUUCACUGGUGAUCCUUUUACUAGGUGCCUCAAGGUGGAAAUUUCUACAACUCCUGCACCACCUACCAAUCCAUGUGUACCUUCACCUUGUGGUCCCAACUCCCAGUGUCGAGCAGUCGGAACAACACCAGCUUGUUCUUGUAUGCCUAACUACAUUGGGAACCCACCUAAUUGUAGGCCAGAAUGUACAAUUAAUGCGGAGUGUGCCAGUAACUUGGCUUGUCAAAAUGAAAGGUGUUCUGACCCUUGUCCUGGUUCAUGUGGCCUCCAGGCCGAAUGUAGAGUAAUAAAUCAUAACGCAGUUUGUACAUGCCCAUCUGGGUUUAUUGGGGAUGCAAGCAUUGCCUGCCAACCGGCACCAAUAGCAACUACUGAGAGAACUCCCGAAAGAGUGGAUCCUUGUUUCCCAUCUCCGUGUGGUGCCAAUGCAGAAUGUCAGAAUAGAAAUGGCGUCGGAGCGUGCACCUGCCUAGCAGGCUUUCAAGGAGAUCCAUACGCUGGCUGCAGGAGAGAGUGCGAAUCAAAUCCUGAUUGUGUCACAGCUCUCGCUUGUAUUGGCUUUAAAUGCGUCGACCCUUGUCCAGGAACAUGUGGAACUGGAGCUGACUGCACUGUAGCAAAUCAUAUUCCUGUUUGUUCAUGUCCAGCUGGUUUUACAGGAGACCCAUUCUUUUCUUGCCGUCAGGCCGCACCAACAGCUCCUACACCAUCACAAGAUCCAUGUCUUCCAUCUCCUUGUGGACCUAAUAGCCAGUGUAGAACUGUGAAUCAACAAGCAGUUUGUUCGUGUAUGCCAAAUUAUGUUGGUCAUCCACCAACGUGCAGACCUGAAUGUGUAGUAAGCUCUGAAUGUCCAUUGGAUAGAGCCUGCAUCAAUCAAAAAUGUGCUGAUCCUUGUCCAAACACCUGUGGCUUGCGUGCCCAGUGUACUACAAAAAAUCACAAUCCAAUUUGUGCAUGUCCUCAAGGAUAUACUGGAGAUCCGUUUACACAAUGCCAGCUUAUCCCUGCAGCUCCUAUACCUCCACCAACACCAGAACCUGUGACAUGUGUUCCUUCACCUUGUGGUCCAAAUUCACAAUGUUUGGUUGUUGGCAAUCAGGCUGCAUGUUCAUGCUUGCCUAAUUACAUUGGCUCUCCACCUACCUGCCGGCCAGAAUGUGUCUUGAGCUCAGAAUGUCCUAGUCAGUCAGCUUGUAUAAAUCAAAAAUGUACAGAUCCUUGUCCAGGUUCUUGUGGAGCAAAUGCAAACUGCAAGGUUGUUAACCACAUUCCUAUCUGCUCUUGUGAUGCUGGAUAUACAGGAGAUCCAUUUACCUUCUGUACACUAGAACCUCCAACUACAGUCAGACCACCGCUAGCUACUGAUCCAUGCAACCCAUCUCCCUGUGGGCCUAAUGCCCAGUGUCAAGCUGGGGUAUGUGAGUGUAACCCUGAAUACAGUGGAAAUCCGUACGAAGCCUGCAGACCGGAAUGUGUUUUAAAUUCAGAAUGUCCAAGAGAUAAAACAUGCAUUAGAAAUAAAUGUAGAGAUCCAUGUCCUGGCACAUGUGGACAGAAUGCUCAGUGCGAUGUUAUCAACCAUAUCCCAACUUGUUCAUGUCCUCAGUCAUUCACAGGAGAUCCUUUCUCACAUUGCAGACCGAUUCCUCAAGCACCGCCCACGCCUUCGGAUCCUUGCAAUCCUUCACCAUGUGGACCUAACAGUCGGUGUCAAGCACCAAACAAUGUUGCCGUUUGUUCGUGUCUGACAGGAUACAUUGGUGCUCCACCUUCAUGCAGGCCAGAAUGUGUUUUAAGCUCAGAGUGUUCUUUAACUCAGGCCUGUGUUAACAAUAAAUGUACUGAUCCGUGUUUGGGAUCCUGUGGCUUGAAUGCAAGAUGUCAGGUCAUAAAUCACAGCCCAAUAUGCUCAUGCCCUCAAGGACAGACAGGAGAUCCUUUUAGGAGCUGUUAUCCGAUACCAGCAGCACCAAUUGAACCACCAGAAACACGAGAUCCCUGUCAGCCAUCUCCUUGUGGACCAAAUUCGCAGUGUAUAGUUUCAUCUAAUAAACAACCAUCUUGUUCCUGUUUACCUAAUUACAUUGGAUCACCACCAAAUUGUAGACCAGAGUGUGUUAUAAAUCCUGAUUGCCCAAGCACCCAAGCUUGCGUGAAUAGCAAAUGUUCAGAUCCUUGUCCAGGAACAUGUGGAAUUAAUGCACAGUGUAAUGUCAUUAGUCAUGCUGUGACAUGCACGUGCCUCCCAGGUUUUGUUGGAAAUGCUUUCGUACAGUGUGUUGAGCAAAAGGAAGAAAUAACUAACCCAUGCGAACCCUCACCAUGCGGGCAGAAUGCCGUGUGCAAUCAGCGUAAUGGAGCUGGUUCGUGUUCAUGCAUCCAGGAUUACACAGGUAAUCCGUAUGAAGGAUGCAGGCCGGAAUGUGUGCUCAGCUCAGACUGUCCAACUGAUAAAGCAUGUGUCAGAAACAAAUGUCAAGACCCAUGUCCUGGUGUUUGUGGGCAGAAUGCUCAGUGUUCUGUCAUCAACCACAUUCCUACUUGCAACUGUUUGCCUGGAUAUGUUGGUAACCCUUUCACCAGCUGCACCCUACCUCUUCAGGAACCAAUCACCAAACCAACAGUAAGCAACCCUUGUGCUCCAAAUCCUUGUGGGCCAAAUAGCGAAUGUAGAACUGUAAAUGGUCAAGCUGUUUGCUCUUGCGCUAGAGACUUUAUGGGUUCACCACCAAACUGCAGACCGGAAUGUGUUGUUAAUUCUGAAUGUCCAACAAAUCGUGCUUGUUAUAAGCAAAAAUGCAAUGAUCCUUGCCCAGGCACAUGUGGUCUCAAUGCAAGAUGUCAAGUAAUUAACCACAAUCCAAUAUGUAGUUGCCCAGCCGGUCAGACAGGAGACCCUUUCAGCAGAUGUUAUCCUAUACCUGCAUCUCCAGUUGAAGUAAAACCAUCAAGGCCAACCAAUCCUUGUGUUCCAUCUCCAUGCGGUCCAAAUUCUGAGUGUCAAGUGACUUCAGGGAAUCAAGCUGCAUGUUCUUGCCGGCAAAAUUAUAUCGGCUCUCCACCCAACUGCAGGCCUGAAUGUGUAGUAAAUACAGACUGUCCUCCUACUCAAGCUUGUAUUACUGAAAAAUGUAGAGAUCCAUGUGAAGGUUCAUGUGGUUUGAAUGCUCAAUGUAGAGUUCAAAACCACAUUCCUACUUGCAGCUGUUCUCCUGGAUUCACUGGCGAUCCUUUCACCCAAUGUUCUCAAAUCAUUGCCGAAGCUCCUCCAGUCGCAAAAGAUCCUUGCAACCCUUCACCAUGCGGUGCAAAUGCAGUUUGCAAUAAUGGCGUUUGCACCUGUCUCCCUGAUUACUUUGGAGACCCUUACAGCCAAUGCAGGCCGGAAUGCACAAUGAAUUCAGACUGUCCACGAAACAAAGCUUGUAGUAACCAACAUUGCAUAAACCCUUGCCCGGGUACCUGUGGUCAGGGUGCAACUUGUGACGUAAUCAAUCAUAUUCCAAUCUGUUCCUGCCCUCCUUCAACCACUGGUGAUCCAUUUGUGUCCUGUCGUCAGAAGGCACCUGAAGCGCCAAGGGAUCCUUGUAGGCCAUCCCCUUGUGGUCCAAACAGUUUGUGCAGAGUUUCUGAUGGUCAUGCCGUUUGCACUUGCCAACCAAAUUUCGUGGGAUCUCCUCCUCAAUGUCGACCGGAAUGUGUAGUAUCAGCCGAGUGCCCACUCACACAAGCAUGUUUGAACAGUAAAUGCAGAGAUCCUUGCCCUGGAACAUGUGGACUGAAUGCUAGAUGUUCUGUAGUAAAUCACAACCCAAUUUGUAGCUGUCCAGCGGGACAAACUGGAGAUCCAUUCCGACAAUGCUUUACCUUACCUGAACCGCCAAGACCUGUCGACCCUGUUGAUCCUUGCCGCCCAUCACCGUGUGGACCGAACUCUCAGUGCCAAGUCAGAGGGGAAAGUCCGGCGUGUUCUUGUUCCCAAAACUAUAUUGGCAUCCCACCUAACUGCAGGCCGGAGUGCACAAUAAGCCCCGAGUGUUCACCAAACCAGGCGUGCUUGAAUCAGAAAUGUGCUGAUCCAUGCCCUGGCUCGUGCGGUGCCAACGCCAAGUGCACGGUAGUCAAUCAUACGCCUGUUUGCUCAUGCAAUGUAGGCUACACUGGAGAUCCAUUCACUUCCUGCAACCUCCUACAAGCUGAACCGAUCCCACAAGAAAAGCCGACACCCUGUCAACCUUCACCGUGCGGUGCUAAUGCUGUUUGCAGAGAACAGAACGGAGCUGGUUCUUGCACGUGCUUGCCGGAAUACGUUGGUAAUCCUUACGAAGGCUGUAGGCCAGAAUGUGUUUUGAACACUGAUUGUCCGUCGACUCGAGCAUGCAUCAGAAACAAGUGCACCGAUCCGUGCCCUGGUACAUGUGGCCAAAAUGCGGAAUGCCAAGUUGUCAACCAUUUACCGUUGUGCACCUGUCACAACGGUUACACUGGAGAUCCGUUUAGAUUCUGCAAUUUAAUACCCCCACAGGUGGAAGCUGCUCCCGUUGACCCAUGCUCGCCAUCACCAUGCGGUCCGAACAGUCAGUGUAGAGUUAACAACGGGCAGGCGACUUGUUCAUGUCUUCCAAACUACGUUGGCUCGCCACCGGGUUGUAGGCCGGAGUGUGUUGUCAGCACGGAAUGCCAGUCAAAUCGAGCCUGUGUCAAUCAGAAGUGUGUCGAUCCCUGUCCAGGGACGUGCGGUCAAAACGCAGAAUGCCAUGUUGUCAAUCACAGCCCUAUUUGCAGCUGUAGACAACGUUACACUGGAGAUCCGUUCACCCGGUGCCACCCGAUACCACCACCACCACCGCCCCAAGCCGCUCCGGUACCAGUUAACCCAUGUGUCCCAUCGCCUUGUGGUCCUUAUUCACAAUGCAGGGAUAUAGGAGGGUCACCUUCUUGUACCUGUUUAACGGAAUAUACUGGAGCGCCACCGAACUGUAGACCGGAAUGCACAAUAAAUGCUGAAUGUCCGAGUAACAGAGCUUGUAUGAGGGAGAAGUGUAGAGACCCUUGUCCUGGAUCAUGCGGUAUAGGAGCACAAUGCAAUGUGAUAAAUCACACACCUAUUUGCCUUUGCCCAGAAGGCUACACUGGAGAUCCGUUCACAAAUUGCUUCCCCAAGCCACCAACUGUCGAACCGCAAGCCGCCGAUCCCUGCAACCCUUCACCAUGUGGUCCUAAUGCUGAUUGUAACGACGGUGAAUGCACAUGUAGAGAAGAGUAUCAAGGAGAUCCUUACAGAGGAUGCCGCCCUGAAUGCGUUUUGAACAACGAUUGCCCUCGGAAUAAAGCGUGCAUUAGGAAUAAAUGUGUCGACCCUUGCCCUGGCACGUGCGGUCAGGAUGCUCAGUGUGAAGUGCUUAACCACAUUCCCACCUGCGUCUGCCCACCAGGGACAUCAGGCAAUGCAUUUAUACAGUGCAGGCCAGUCGUCGCUUCUCCUGUUGUCGAAUCGUUCCCGUGUCAACCGUCACCUUGUGGACCUAACAGUCAAUGCCGUCCAUUGAACGGGCAGUCGGUCUGCUCUUGUUUACCCGGAUACAAAGGGAUGCCACCUACUUGUAGGCCUGAGUGCGUUGUCAAUUCGGACUGCGGAAGGAACGAAGGGUGUAACAAUCAAAAAUGCAGAGACCCUUGUCCUGGCACUUGCGGUGUAGGAGCGAGAUGUGAAGUCAUCAAUCACAAUCCUAUAUGCAGUUGCCCGCCACGUUACACUGGAGACCCGUUUGUCAGAUGUCAUUUGACCCCUGAAACGCCUUUAGUACAACAGACGCCUGUCAAUCCAUGUCUGCCUUCCCCCUGUGGUCCGAACUCGCAAUGCAAAGUCUCUGGAGAUAGUCCGUCUUGUUCGUGUCUGGCCGGGUUUUUGGGCGUCCCUCCGAACUGCCGGCCCGAGUGUGUCAGUAACAGCGAGUGUUCCAGCCAUCUCGCUUGCAUCAACCAGAAAUGCAAAGACCCAUGCCCAGGAACGUGUGGUACAAACGCGAUAUGCAGAGUUGUCAGCCACACGCCCCAGUGCCUGUGCCCUGAAGGAUAUACCGGUGAUCCGUUUUCACAGUGUGUCAUCCGACAAUCUGAACAAUAUCCUCAAGAGCGCCCAACACCCUGCAAACCUUCACCUUGUGGUGCAAAUGCUGUGUGCAAAGAACAGAAUGGGGCUGGAUCUUGUUCUUGUCUUCCCGAAUAUAUUGGCAAUCCUUAUGAAGGCUGCAGACCAGAAUGUGUUAUCAACACAGACUGCUCUGCUUCGAAGGCUUGUAUAAGAAAUAAAUGUCAAGAUCCUUGCCCUGGGACUUGUGGACAGAAUGCAGAGUGUCAUGUUGUUAAUCAUUUACCAACUUGUACCUGCCUUCAAGGAUACACUGGAGAUCCAUUCCGGUUCUGCAAUACAAUUCCCAUUCAGGCACCUCAAGAAAGCCCAGUUGACCCUUGCGUCCCAUCGCCUUGUGGACCAAACAGUCAGUGUAGAGUUAACAAUGGACAAGCUAUAUGCUCUUGUCUACCAAACUAUACAGGAACUCCACCUGGGUGCAGACCAGAAUGUGUUGUUAGCUCUGAAUGUGCAUCGAACAAAGCUUGUGUCAAUCAAAAAUGUGUAGAUCCUUGUCCUGGAACAUGUGGUCAUAACGCAUUAUGUCAAGUCAUAAAUCAUAGCCCAAUUUGUAGCUGUAGACCAAGUUUUACUGGUGAUCCAUUUUCACAGUGUCGACCUGUACUGCCUCCAUCACCACCUCCAGUACAACAGAUGUACAUUAACCCAUGUGUACCAUCUCCUUGUGGUCCAUUUUCUCAAUGUAGGGAUGUUGGAGGUACACCAUCUUGUUCUUGCUUACCAAAUUACUUUGGCGCACCUCCCAAUUGUCGGCCAGAAUGUUCUGUCAACUCUGAUUGUCCAAGCAACAAAGCGUGUAUGAAUGAAAAAUGCAGGGAUCCUUGCCCAGGAUCUUGUGGUUUUAAUGCACAGUGCCGUGUAAUAAAUCACACACCCACAUGCACAUGCCCUGAGGGAUUCACUGGUGACCCGUUUACUAAUUGUCAACCAAAACCACCACCUGUUGAGCCACAACAAACUGAUCCUUGUAAUCCAUCACCUUGUGGUUCAAAUGCUCAGUGUAACAAUGGCUUAUGUACAUGCCUACUUGAAUUCCAAGGAGAUCCAUAUGCUGGAUGUAGACCUGAAUGUGUAUUAAAUAAUGAUUGUCCAAGAGAUAAAGCUUGUAUUAGAAACAAAUGCACAGAUCCUUGCCCAGGAACGUGUGGGCAGGGUGCUAUUUGUGAAGUUAUAAAUCAUAUUCCAAUUUGUCGGUGCCCAGAAAGAAUGUCAGGCAAUCCAUUUAUACAGUGUCAAACUGUAGCAGCUGCUCCUGUUGAAGUACAACAACCAUGCCAACCUUCACCCUGUGGGUCCUAUAGCCAAUGUAGGCCUGUUAAUGGGCAAUCUGUCUGUUCCUGUUUAGCAGGCUACAAAGGUUCUCCACCAGCAUGUCGUCCAGAAUGUGUGGUUAACUCAGAUUGUGGUCGAAAUGAAGCCUGUAAUAAUCAAAAAUGUAGAAAUCCAUGUAUCGGAACUUGUGGAAUUCAAGCAAAAUGUGAAGUUAUUAAUCAUAAUCCUAUAUGUAGCUGCCCAGUUCGCUUUACAGGGGAUCCAUUUACACGUUGUCUUCCUAUGCCUGAAGCACCAAUUCAACAAGCACCUCAAAAUCCAUGUGUUCCUUCUCCUUGUGGACCCAAUUCUCAAUGCCGUGCUUCUGGAGAUAGUCCAUCAUGUUCCUGUUUAGUUGGAUUUUUAGGUGUUCCACCUAAUUGUAGACCAGAAUGUAUUAGUAACGGUGAAUGCUCUAGUCAUUUGGCUUGUAUAAAUCAAAAAUGUAAGGAUCCCUGUCCUGGCACUUGUGGUGCUAAUGCCAUGUGCCGAGUUGUGAGCCAUACUCCUCAGUGCUUCUGUAAUGAGGGUUAUACCGGAGAUCCAUUUUCUCAAUGUGCUCUUAAGCAAUCGGAACCUGUUUCACAAGAGCGUCCAACACCAUGCUCACCAUCUCCUUGUGGAGCAAAUGCUGUAUGCAAAGAGCAAAAUUUGGCAGGAUCGUGUACAUGCUUGCCGGAAUACGUUGGAAACCCCUAUGAGGGCUGUAGGCCAGAAUGUGUUCUAAACACAGACUGCCCUCAGAACAGAGCUUGCAUCAGAAAUAAGUGUCAAGAUCCUUGUCCAGGUACUUGUGGACAAAAUGCAAAUUGCCAAGUUGUUAAUCAUUUGCCCACUUGCACAUGCAAUACUGGUUAUACUGGUGACCCUUUCAGAUCUUGCAAUGUAAUUCCACCUCAAAUACAAGCAACUCCUGUUGACCCAUGCAACCCAUCUCCGUGUGGACCCAACAGCCAAUGUAAAACAAACAAUGGUCAAGCUAUAUGUUCAUGUUUACCGAAAUUUGUUGGUUCACCACCUGGAUGCAGACCAGAAUGCACAGGCAGCUCUGAAUGUGCUUCUAACAAGGCUUGUGUAAAUCAAAAAUGUGUAGAUCCUUGUCCUGGAACAUGUGGCCGUAAUGCCUUGUGCCAGGUCAUAAAUCAUAGUCCUAUCUGUAGCUGCCAAGUAAGAUUCACUGGUGAUCCAUUUUCUCAGUGUCGACCUAUUCCACCACCACUCGCAGAACCUGUCAAACCAGUAUUUGUAAAUCCAUGUGUCCCGUCCCCAUGUGGUCCAUUUUCUCAAUGUCGGGACAUCGGAGGAUCUCCAUCAUGUUCAUGCUUAUCAGAUUACACUGGAUCUCCUCCAAACUGUAGACCGGAAUGUUCAAUCAAUGCAGAAUGUCCAAGUAAUAGAGCUUGCAUAAGAGAGAAAUGUAGAGAUCCUUGCCCAGGGUCAUGUGGAUCAGGAGCACAAUGCAGUGUUGUAAACCAUAUUCCAAUUUGUACCUGCCCUGAAGGAUAUACUGGAGAUCCAUUUACUAAUUGUUUUGUAAAACCUCCACCUGUCGAACCUCAACAAACUGAUCCUUGUAAUCCAUCUCCUUGUGGAACAAAUGCUCAGUGUAAUAAUGGCAUUUGUACAUGUUUACCCGAAUAUCAAGGUGAUCCUUACACAGGAUGUCGUCCUGAAUGUAUUCUCAAUAAUGAGUGCCCAUCAAACAGAGCUUGUAUCAGAAAUAAAUGUACAGACCCUUGUCCUGGAACUUGUGGUCAAAGUGCUGUUUGUGAAGUCAUUAAUCAUAUUCCAAUAUGUCGUUGUCCAGAUGGAAUGUCCGGUAAUCCAUUUAUCCAGUGUCAAGUACAACAAGCUCCAGUAGAAACUAAUUUGCCAUGUCAACCGUCCCCUUGUGGUCCAUACAGUCAAUGCCGACCUGUAAAUGGUCAGUCAGUUUGUUCAUGUUUACCAACAUACAAGGGAUCACCACCAGCGUGUCGACCUGAAUGUGUUGUCAAUUCAGACUGUGGUCGAGAUGAAGCUUGUAAUAAUCAGAAGUGUAAAAACCCUUGUGUUGGAACGUGUGGUGUUGGGGCACGUUGCGAGGUAGUUAAUCAUAACCCAAUAUGUUCCUGCCCAAAUCGUUAUACUGGUGAUCCUUUCGUAAGAUGCCAGCAAUUAAUGGAAGCACCUCUACAACAGACGCCUACAAAUCCUUGUGUUCCUUCACCUUGUGGCCCUAAUUCUCAAUGUAGAGAGUCAGGAAACAGUCCAUCAUGUUCCUGCUUACAGGGUUUUGUGGGGGUACCUCCUGGUUGUCGUCCAGAAUGUAUUAUUAACAGUGAAUGUUCCAGUCAUUUAGCUUGUAUAAACCAGAAAUGUAAAGAUCCAUGCCCUGGAACUUGUGGAACUAAUGCUAUGUGUAGAGUAGUAAGCCAUGUCCCACAAUGUAUUUGCAAUGAAGGUUUUACUGGUGAUCCAUUUUCACAAUGUGUUUUAAAACAAUCUGAACCUUUGCCUCAAGAAAUUCCCACACCUUGUUCUCCAUCUCCUUGUGGAGCAAAUGCUGUUUGUAGAGAACAGAAUGGUGCAGGAUCUUGCACAUGUUUCCCUGAAUAUGUUGGCAAUCCUUAUGAAGGAUGUAGACCUGAAUGUGUGACAAAUGUCGACUGCUCUUCCAAUCUUGCAUGUAUCAGGAAUAAAUGUCUGGAUCCGUGCCCAGGGACAUGUGGGCAAAAUGCAGAAUGUCAGGUUGUUAAUCAUCUUCCCCUUUGUACAUGCUUCCCUGGAUUCACUGGCGAUCCUUUCAGAUAUUGCAACAAUAUACCACCUCCAACACAACAAGCCCCAAUAGACCCAUGUAAUCCUUCCCCUUGUGGUCCAAACAGUCAAUGUAAAGUCAACAAUGGUCAAGCCAUUUGUUCUUGUUUACCAAACUAUGUUGGAGCUCCUCCUGGCUGUAGACCUGAAUGUGUUGUUAGCAUGGAAUGUCCUACAAAUAAAGCCUGUCUUAAUCAAAAAUGUGUCGACCCUUGUCCUGGUACAUGUGGUCACAACGCAGAAUGCCGAGUGAUAAAUCACAGCCCAGUAUGUUCAUGUCGCCAAGGCUUUACUGGAGAUCCAUUUUCACAGUGUAGACCUAUACCACCACCUCCACCAGAACCAGUCAAAGUAGAAUAUGUAAACCCAUGCAUUCCUUCACCUUGUGGGCCAUUUUCUCAAUGCCGGGAUAUAGGAGGAAGUCCUUCAUGUAUAUGCCUUCCAGAAUAUGUUGGCUCACCACCAAACUGUAGGCCUCAGUGCUCCAUAAAUUCAGAAUGUCCAAGUAAUAAAGCUUGCAUAAGGGAAAAAUGUAGAGACCCUUGCCCAGGAUCAUGUGGUGCUGGAGCUAACUGCAAUGUGAUUAAUCAUACUCCAGUUUGUGUUUGUCCAGAAGGUUAUACUGGAGAUCCAUUUACAAAUUGCUUCCCUAAGCCACCCUCUGUUGAACCACAGCAAACAGACCCUUGUAAUCCAUCACCUUGUGGUUCAAAUGCUCAGUGUGACAAUGGCAUAUGUACUUGUCUACCAGAAUACCAAGGAGAUCCAUAUGUUGGAUGUAGACCAGAAUGUGUAUUAAAUAAUGAUUGUCCAAGAGAUAAAGCUUGUAUUAGAAACAAAUGCACAGAUCCUUGCCCAGGAACCUGUGGGCAGGGUGCUAUUUGUGAAGUGGUAAAUCACAUUCCUGUGUGCCGGUGUCCUGACGGAAUGUCUGGAAACCCAUUUACUCAGUGUCAACCUUUCAAAGCGCCUGUUCCAAUGCAACCUUGUCAGCCCUCUCCGUGUGGACCUUACAGUCAGUGUCGCCCUAUUAACAAUCAGGCCGUUUGUUCUUGUUUAGUAGGAUUUAAAGGUUCACCGCCUGCAUGUAGACCAGAAUGCGUAGUUAAUUCAGACUGUGGAAGAAAUGAAGCUUGUAGUAAUCAAAAAUGUCGCGAUCCAUGUCCUGGAACAUGUGGCAUCGGUGCUCGUUGUGAAGUGGUCAAUCAUAAUCCGAUUUGCAGUUGCCCAGUUCGUUUCACUGGAGAUCCAUUUAUAAGAUGUUAUCCAAUCUCGGAAGAUCCAGUGGUUCAAGUUCCAACAAAUCCUUGUCAGCCUUCACCUUGUGGGCCGAACUCUCAAUGUAAAGUGUCAGGCACAAGUCCUUCUUGUUCCUGUCUCCCAGAAUUCUUAGGUGUUCCUCCAAAUUGUCGACCUGAAUGCGUCAGUAAUAGUGAAUGCUCCAGCCACUUAGCCUGCAUCAAUCAGAAAUGUAAAGACCCUUGUCCAGGGACUUGUGGGUCUAAUGCCAUUUGUCGGGUUGUCAGCCAUACUCCACAAUGCUUGUGCAUUGAAGGUUUUACUGGUGAUCCGUUUUCACAAUGUACAGCAAAGCAAUCUGCACCUGUACCAGAGGAAAAGGCUACUCCUUGUCAACCAUCGCCCUGUGGAGCAAAUGCAGUUUGUAAGGAGCAAAAUGGUGCAGGUUCUUGUACCUGUUUACCAGAGUACAUAGGAAAUCCUUAUGAUGGAUGUAGACCUGAAUGUGUUCUAAACACUGACUGUCAAUCUAAUCUGGCUUGUAUCAGAAACAAGUGUCAAGAUCCUUGUCCUGGUACAUGUGGUCAAAAUGCUCUAUGUCAAGUAAUAAAUCACUUACCUUCUUGUACAUGUUUCACUGGUUACACUGGAGAUCCUUUUAGAUACUGUAACGUUAUACCACCACUUGUACAAGCAGCUCCAGUCAAUCCAUGUAAGCCAUCGCCAUGUGGGCCAAACAGUCAAUGUCGAGUAAAUAAAGAUCAAGCAAUAUGUUCAUGUUUGCCAUCUUAUCUGGGAACCCCUCCUGGAUGUAAGCCAGAAUGUGUUGUAAAUACAGAAUGUCCCUCGGAUAAAUCUUGCGUAAACCAGAAAUGUGUCGACCCUUGCCCUGGAACUUGUGGAUUCAACGCGCAGUGCCAAGUUAUAAACCACAGCCCCAUCUGUAGUUGUCGCAAUGGAUUCACUGGAGAUGCAUUUUCACAGUGUCGUCCGAUACCUCCACCUCCAAAAGCCCCUGUGCAAGAGACAUAUGUGAACCCUUGUUUACCAUCACCGUGUGGACCGUUUUCACAAUGUAGAGAUAAUGGUGGUUCUCCUGCAUGUACAUGUUUGCCACAGUAUAUGGGAUCACCCCCGAAUUGCAGACCUGAAUGCACAAUAAAUACCGAUUGCCCUAGGAACAAAGCUUGCAUUAGGGAAAAAUGCAGAGACCCUUGCCCAGGAUCAUGUGGCCUCGGUGCAAACUGUAAUGUACUGAACCACAUACCAGUGUGUACUUGCCCAGAUGGAUAUACUGGAGAUCCGUUUACAAAUUGUUAUCCCAUGCCUCCACCACCACCUCCUCCACUUGAAACAGACCCUUGUAAUCCAUCCCCAUGUGGAGCAAAUGCAUUGUGUUCUAAUGGAGUUUGUAAUUGCCUGCCUGAAUAUCAGGGUGAUCCGUAUGUAGGAUGUAGACCAGAAUGUUUAUUGAAUUCAGAAUGUCCAAGGGAUAAAGCGUGUAUUCAGAACAAGUGUACAAAUCCUUGCCCUGGAACCUGUGGUCAAAACGCUUUAUGUGAAGUUGUAAAUCAUAUUCCUAUUUGUCGUUGUCCUGAUGGAAUGUCUGGAAACCCAUUUGUAUCAUGCCAACAAUUUCAAGCGCCUGUAGUUACAAAACCAUGUGUACCUUCACCAUGUGGCCCAAAUAGUGUUUGCAGAGAAUUUAACAAUCAAGCGACAUGUUCUUGCCUGCCAGGAUAUGUAGGAACUCCUCCGUCUUGUAGGCCGGAAUGUGUUGUCAGCUCAGAGUGUUCACCUUCAAGGGCUUGCCUAAAUCUCCAUUGCGUUGAUCCAUGCCCAGGAACUUGUGGUGCAAAUGCGGAAUGCCGAGUUAUUAAUCACAAUCCCAUUUGCAAGUGUCCUACAAAAUACACCGGUGACCCGUUCCUUCGAUGCUACCCAAUUCCUGAAAAACCUGCAGAUCCAGUAAUACCUGUUAAUCCAUGUGUACCUAAUCCUUGCGGUCCCAACUCUGAAUGUAGACUAUCUAAUAGUGCUGCACCAUCAUGCUCAUGUUUGAAAGAUUAUAUUGGCAAUCCUCCAAGCUGUAGACCAGAAUGUGUUUCAAACUCUGAAUGUGCCUCUCAGUUAGCCUGCAUCAACCUUCAUUGUAGAGAUCCAUGUCCUGGAUCAUGUGGUUCCAAUGCAGAGUGCCGGGUUGUGAGCCAUACACCGAAUUGCUAUUGUCCUCCUGGAUAUACUGGAGAUCCGUUUACAAGCUGCUUUUUGACACCGAUCAAAAUACCAAAACCUGAAGCAACAAACCCUUGUGUGCCAUCUCCGUGUGGACCUAACGCUUUCUGCAGAGUGGAAGGUACAUACGGAGUGUGUGAGUGCUCUCCGGAGUACCAAGGCAACCCGUACGAUGGAUGCAGGCCAGAGUGUGUUGUCAGUUCUGAUUGCCCAAUGAGUCAGGCUUGUAUCAAAAACAAAUGUGCCGAUCCAUGCCCUGGCACAUGUGGUCUGGGUGCAGUUUGUUCUGUCUCGAACCACAUCCCUAUAUGUUCAUGCCCUUCAGGUUACACUGGAGACGCAUUCACAGCUUGCCGACCAAUCCCAAGAGAAGAACCAGCUGUUACUGAUCCUUGUCGGCCUUCUCCUUGUGGACCAAACACAAGAUGCAAUGCACUCAAUGGAGUAGCUAUUUGUGAGUGUUUGCCCGAAUUCCAAGGUAGCCCAAGUAGUAGCAGUGGCUGCCGACCAGAGUGUGUAAUAAGUUCAGACUGUCCACGAAACCGGGCAUGUGUUAACAAUAAGUGUGUAGACCCUUGCCCAGGAGUUUGUGGUUACAUGGCUGUAUGUCAUGUUGUUAACCACAGCCCUAUAUGCUCUUGUCCACCUCAGCUGCAGGGUGAUCCGUUUGUCGAAUGCAAACAACUACCAGCUCCCCCUAACGAUCCAUGCAACCCAACACCUUGUGGACAAAAUGGACAGUGCCGAGCAGUUAAUGGAAUCGCUACCUGUAUUUAUCCUGAGUGUGUUAUCAAUCAAGACUGUACCAGGGACAAAGUGUGUUUCUCACAAAAAUGUAGAGAUCCGUGUAUCGAUGCAUGUGGGCUUAAUGCCAUUUGUCAAGCAGUUAAUCAUAAAGCAGUUUGUUCUUGUCCUCCCGGUUAUACUGGAGAGCCGCGAAUUCAAUGUAAUAUCCAACAACAAGAAAUGCCUAAACCUGAAUGUACAACUGAUAAUGAGUGUCCAAAUGUCAAGGCUUGUAUAAACCAACUGUGUUCUGAUCCUUGUCAGGCAGCCACAACAAGUGUUUGUGCAUACAAUGCCGAAUGUAGAGUACAAAUGCACAGGCCAAUUUGUGUAUGCAGAGAAGGCCUUACAGGAAAUGCCCAGUCGCAAUGCUUCGAUAUCGGAUGCCGUGCUGAUUCACAAUGCCCACCAACAGAAGCCUGCGUCAACAAACAGUGUGUAAACCCUUGCAAGUACACACAAUGUGGAGUAAACGCAGAGUGUAGAGUCCAAGGAGGAAGAGCUCGCUGCUACUGUCCUACAAGUUUCUUAGGUGAUCCACAUGUAAAAUGUGAAAGACCACAAUGCACAAGUGAUACUGAAUGCCCUUCACAUCUGGCUUGUAAGGAGCUACGUUGUCAAGAUCCUUGCAAAUGUGCACUCGGUGCUCUCUGCACGGUCCAUAACCACCAGCCAAGCUGCCAGUGUCCUCCAGGAUAUGUUGGAAAUCCCCAUGAACUCUGUACUUUAGCACCCAUUAGUGGUCCACAAUGUAAAAUGGAUGCAGAUUGUGCUAGUAAAUUAGCUUGUUUUGGAGGAGAAUGUAGAAAUCCUUGUAUCGAAACAAAUCCAUGUGGCCAAAAUGCAGAAUGUACUGUUGUGGAUACAUUACCAUUGAGAACGAUGUCUUGUCAAUGCUUGCCAGGUUUUGUCGGUGAUGCUGAUGUUCAAUGUACUCAAGCUACGCCUGUUGAAUCAGGUUGCUCAAGUGAUUCUGAGUGUUCUCUCUCAGAAACUUGUGUAAGCAGAGUAUGUGCGAAUGCAUGUUCCAUUUCAAACCCAUGUGCGAAAAAUGCUCUUUGUCAACCAACCAACCAUAAAGCAGUGUGUAACUGCCCACCUGGCCUUGUUGGAGAUCCAUUUGUAAACUGCUAUAAAGUUCCCGAUUCAAAACCAGAAUGUACUGCUGACUCAGAAUGCCCAUCACAAAGGGCGUGUGUGAACCAGCGAUGCCAAGACCCAUGUGUGAUUAACGAUCCAUGUGGAAUGUCCGCAGAGUGUACAACACUCCAACAUAGACCAACUUGUGCUUGUCCUCAAGGAUGGGCUGGAAAUCCUCAAGUCCAUUGCUAUAAACCUGAAUGCAAAGUAGAUUCUGAUUGUGUUUACGAUAAGGCAUGCAUUUCUGGAAACUGCAUUUCACCUUGUGGCAGUGUCUCUUGUGGAAGAGGUGCAGAAUGUAAAGUUGUGUCCCACACAGCACAAUGUGUCUGCCCACCUGGAACCCAAGGAGAUGCACACGUGGCUUGUAUAUCUGUUGGAUGUCAUUACAAUGAAGAUUGUGCUGACCAUGAAGCUUGCGACAGACUCAAUAGAGUGUGUAGGCCUGUAUGUGAAAAAGACACAUGUGGACGUGGUGCUCGUUGCCAUGCUAGAGAUCAUCAACCUAACUGUGUCUGUGAACCCGGUACACAAGGAGAUCCAUUUAUCGAAUGCAUAGGAUAUCGGUUACCAACACCUACCCCUGAAUGUGCACAAGAUUCAGACUGUCCAUCAAAACUUGCAUGCAUAAAUAAACAAUGCAAGGAUCCUUGCAGCCUUCCUGCAGUCUGUUCGCCAGAUCAGGAAUGCAGAGUACAAGAUACCCUCCCCCUUCGAACUAUAUUAUGCCAGUGUCCAUCAGACACUAUAGCAACAGGAGAUGGCCAUUGUACACCAAUCAGACAUCCUGAUGUUGAAUGCCACGUAGACAGUGAUUGUUCAGAUUCAGACCGGUGUAUUAGGGGAUCAUGCAAGGAAGCUUGUAGGGUCGACCCUUGUGGUUUGAAUGCUCAAUGUUUGUCUCAGAGACAUCAAGCAACAUGUACUUGCCCAGAAGGUUUUGUAGGUCAUCCACAUAUUGAAUGUACACCAGAACAACGAUACCCGGUGCCAUUAACACCAGUUGCAGAAUGUGCCCACAAUGACGAUUGUCCCGGUGAUAAGAGAUGUUUGAAUCAACUUUGUGUAAAUCCUUGCGCUAAUGAUUCACCUUGUGCACCUGGAGCAUUCUGCCGUGCUCAUGACCAUCAAGCAGUGUGUAAAUGCCCUUCUGGAUUUUCUGGAGAUCCAUUUACACGAUGCACACCUCCUGCUGAUCCGUUGGCUGGUUGUGUUUCAAAUUCGGAAUGUACUCCUAAAGAAUCCUGUGUAAACCGACUUUGUGUUAACCCAUGUAAUUGUGGACCAAAUGCAGAGUGUAAAGUUCAAGACCAUUAUCCGAUCUGCUACUGUAAACCUGGAUAUUCUGGAGAUCCACAGAUGGGUUGCAAAGAAGUUGGUUGCCAAUCAGACAACCAGUGCAGUUCUGAUAAGACAUGCUACAAUGGAGAAUGUAUCAAUCCUUGCCUUAUUGGCGAUCCUUGUGGUGCAAAUGCAGAAUGUUACGGUGAAAAUCAUAGAGCUCAAUGCAGAUGCUACCCAGGAUUCAGUGGAAGUCCCCUUGUGAGGUGUGAGAGAAUUGAGUGUAAUGUGGAUGCUGACUGUCCACUUGACAGGACAUGCUUGGAGCAUAGGUGCAUGAAUCCAUGCACAGAUAUGGCUAAUCCACCAUGCGCAUCAAAUGCAAUCUGUUAUGUGAGAAAUCACCUAGCUGGUUGCCGCUGUCCUGAGCACAUGCCACUUGGAAACCCGUUAUCAUUUUGUCAUCGACCUCCACCACCAAAGCCUGGUCUUCCAGAAUGUGAACACGAUGUCGAAUGCCCGAGUAAAUUGGCUUGUAUAAGAAACACGUGUAAAAAUCCAUGCACAGAAUUGACACCCUGCAGUUCAUCAUCAAUGUGCAGUGUUUUUGACACAACUCCAGUUAGAACGAUGGUAUGCACCUGCCCAGUAGGAUGGGUGCCAAAUGAAGAAGGAGAUUGUACACCAGUUGUUCUUCCAUCACCACCUGGCUGUUCAUCUGAUUCACAGUGUUCAUCGAAUGAGACUUGUAUAAAUAGGAUGUGUAGAAACCCGUGCAACUGCGGACCAAAUGCUCAAUGCUUUGUCACAGAUCAUAGACCAAUUUGCUCUUGCAUUGUUGGUUAUGAUGGCAAUCCAAACUUGGGCUGCAGAAUUGUUGGAUGUAGAACAGAUUCAGAGUGUGGAUCUGGAAAGGCGUGUAUAAAUGGAAACUGCAUCAAUCCUUGUGUGGUUGAUGAUCCAUGCGGAGUAAAUUCCGAAUGUUUCGCUGUAGGAACGAGAGCAGAAUGUCGUUGUUUGAGUGGAUUUAGAGGAAACCCAUAUGAACGAUGUCUUGUAGUGGGAUGUCGCUCGAAUUCCGAUUGCCCCAGUGACCGAGCUUGCAUAAACGCUCAGUGUAUUAACCCUUGUGUGUACGAACACCCGUGUGCUCCUCAAGCAGAAUGCCAUGUCCAGAACCAUCUUGCACUCUGCCGAUGCCCACCAUCAUACGAAGGGAACCCUUACACUUCAUGUAGACCCAAGGUUCAGCCAGAAUGUCAGGUAGAUGGGGACUGCCCGUCUCUGUUAGCUUGCUUCAACCAUCUCUGCAAAGAUCCUUGUAGCGUUUUGGAACCAUGUCAAAGACCUGCCAGUUGCCAAGUCGUACCUUCACUCCCUGUAAGAACAAUGAUAUGUGAAUGUCCACCUGGAUAUAUAUCGAGUGGAAGCGGCACAUGUAAAGCUACACCACCUGUAUUAAAAAUAGGAGAAUGUGUAUCUGAUUCUAACUGUCCAUCCGACAAGGCAUGUAUAAAUGCCAUUUGUAAAGACCCUUGUAACUGUGGACAAAACGCAGAAUGUAGAGUGAGAGACCAUAAACCUGUUUGCUCAUGCUUACAAGGUUUUGAAGGAAAUCCUGAUUUAGAAUGUGUAAAAGCCGGAUGUAGACACGAUACAGAUUGUUCAGGACAACACGCCUGCUUGAACAGAGAAUGUGUUCCAGUUUGUUCUCCAGAUGGCAGUUCAUGUGGAACAGGCGCUCUUUGCUACGGCAGCAACCAUCGUGCCGUCUGCAAUUGUCCUCCGGGUCUCACCGGCGAUCCACAAGUUGGAUGCUUGCUGGUUGAGUGUGAAUCCAAUUCAGAUUGCCCAAGCAAUAAAGCAUGCAUUAAUACAAGAUGUGUAUCACCAUGUGAAUUAGAAAAUCCAUGCCUAGCACCUGCUGAAUGCACAGUAUACAACCAUAUCGUUGACUGUACUUGCCCAACAGGUUAUAUCGGUGAUGUUGGAACAGGUUGUCAACCGAUUGAGAAAAAAUGUGAAGGUGAUUUUGACUGUCCAUCCCAAACUGCUUGUAUUAAUGAACAAUGUGUCAAUCCAUGUAAUGCAACAACGCCAUGUGGUCUAAACACUAUUUGCCAAGUUUUUGAUACCUAUCCUGUCAGAACCAUGGUUUGCGAAUGCAUUCCUGGUUAUCACGGAAAUGCUGCAGUGCAGUGUGACAAAGUUAGCGAAUGUCCACCAGAUAAAGGCUUUGUCCGAGAUAAAGAUGGUAACUGUGUUUGCCCACCUGGCACCGCUCUGAAUAACUAUGAUGAGUGUGUGAGAUGCUUGCCAGAAUUAGGAUUUAAAGUUGACGAGAGAGGACAUUGUAUAUGCGAUCUAGAGAAAGGUUUGAUUAUUAACGAUAGAGGUGAUUGCAUCUGUCCAACCGAUCACGGUUACAUACUCGACGUGAAUGGAUUCUGUGUUCCACGCAUUGUACCAGAAUGUGAAACAGAUGAUGAAUGUGCAGAUCACUUGUUCUGUAACAAGGAGUCUAAAACAUGCCAAGACCCUUGUGCAGAAAAAGCAUGUGUUGUCAAUGCUUUUUGCAAUGCUACGCAACAUGUUGCUGUCUGCCAAUGCAUCUCUGGAUAUAUUGGAGACCCUAACAUUGCCUGCAAACCCCCACCAUUUAUGAGAACAGAUUUCCCACGCCCUGACAUGGCAGUGAGCUGCUUGUCUGAUGGUGUGCAAGUUGAAAUUCACAUAGAAGAAAAAGGAUUCAAUGGUGUUCUUUAUGUAAAAGGACACUCUAAAGAUGAAAAAUGUAGACGUGUAGUUUCACUGCCUAAUGACUCUCAACCAAAAUUAGAAAUUUUCAAAGUAAAUUUUGGUACUUGUGGGCUUAUACAUGUCAAUGGACAGGCAAGUUUUGUACUUGUCAUCCAAAAACAUCCGAUGUUAGUCACCUUUAAAACACAAGCGUACCACAUCAAAUGUGUCUACACGACCGGUGAACAAAAUGUUACACUCGGAUUCAACGUUUCAAUGCUGACAACAGCUGGUACGAUUGCAAACACGGGACCACCACCAACAUGCCUCAUGAGAAUUGUGACCCACACAGGCCAAGAAAUUAGUUCAGCUGAGAUUGGAGACAAUCUCAUGCUUCAGGUUGACGUUCAGCCUUCAAGUAUAUACGGUGGUUUUGCAAGAAGUUGUGUUGCAAAAACCAUGGAAGAUAGCGUAGAAAAUGAAUAUAUUGUGACAGAUGAGAAUGGUUGUGCUACAGACCCUAACAUCUUUGGUGAAUGGGACUACAAUUCUGACACUCAAACGUUAUUAGCAAAUUUCAAUGCUUUCAAAUUCCCAAGCAGUGAUAAUAUACGAUUCCAGUGUAAUAUAAGAGUAUGCUUUGGAAAAUGUCAGCCUGUAAAUUGUCGGGGCUAUAACGCAUAUGGGCGAAGACGAAGAGAAAUCAAUGAAAGAAAUAAUACUGGUGUGGAAGUAGCUGAAUCUGUAAGCGAAGGCCAAUUGAGAGAAGAGAUAACAAUCCAAUCCAAUGCUAUACUUACUCUUGAACGGAGGGAAGAACGAUUUGUUGAUCCAACAGAAGCUCCAUCAGUCCAACAAAUUGAUGAUAUCUGUGUGUCAAUGAUUGGAUUUAUCAUUGCACUAGUCAUAACGGCCUUAUUGGCAUUAGUAGCAGUAGCAGUGGCAGUUUCGUGUUGGCUUAUUGCAUAUAGAAGGAGGCCAAAAGCGACCGGUCCCCUUCCACAUCCACCCGAGUUUCCAAACCCGUUGUUCACCACGCCAGAACCUCUCGCAGAGCCCUCGCCCGACUACCUCUCAUAGACGACAGAAGAAUAAAUUAUAAAUAAGAGAAACAUAUAUAAAAAUUCCUUGUGACAGAACAGUAAAGCCGUCAAUACUGUUCCUCAUAUGGAAUUUUUAUCGUCACCUCCUCAGAUGGCUUAAUAAAAUGUAAGAAAUUAGAAAAUUAACUUAUAAAACUGGGAUUGACAUAGUACUUUUUCCCUCCAGGAAUAAUACACUUUCUCUCUUCUUGCGGUGUGGGUGUUCUUAACUUUUUCCAACUAACUAUUGAAAUAAGCCAUUGGAGGAUCUGACUCGCUUUUCCUAUACACUGUAAUAUAGUCCGAUGGAUGAGUGCUUGUAUGUAUUAUUUGUAUAUCAUGAAAGUAUAUUUUUAGUUAGGACCGAUUUCCACAUGUACUGUAAUUAAUUAAAGGUCUUCGAUUCUAAUUACUAAGAUACGUAUUGUGAAUGAAUGUUUUAGGGAAAUUGUUAAUUUUGUAUUAGAAAUGCAAGUAUACUGUGAUCGACUAUAUCAAAUUGUUAUUUGUGUGAUUUGAUAUGUUUAUUUGUGAAAAAUUGUUGAAAAGAGCAAGCUUUGAUAUUGUCGGUUACAGUAUGAGACUGCCAAGCAUUUACUAUAUAUUAUUAUUUAUAAAUUUAAGCUUAGAGCUUUAACUUUGUUUUGUUGCAAAUGAAAGACUGUAAAUGACAUCAAAUUAAUAAAUGUCUAAUAUAGUGUAAAAUUGUAAAAUUAUUGUGAUUUUUGUAAAUAAUAGGUUGCAAAUUAUAAUAAGAAUAUACAAUAUAAUUUUAAUAGACAAAACGCUGCACUCAUACGCCUUUACAAAGUUUAAUUGCAUUAUUUAUUGAAUAAAAAAUAAACAUUAAUAAUACUUACAAUUUUAAAAGUCCUCUAAAUGUAACAAUA